AUGAACCUUGCUUGGUUCCUAAUCUUGGCAUCAAGUAAGUUGUGGCUCUUAAGAGAUGAAUGGGUGUUCCUACUGAAACGGGAAGUGGAUAUGCUGUGUUGGGGUGGGGGAUAAAUUCCUUUAUUAACUGGGUUCCCUCUGAAGGAUGCUUCUUGGUUAACAAUUCAUGGUACCUUUGGCACACCACCUCUGUUGCCUGGUGUGCUCCCUUGACCAGCACUGCCGUGUGGCUUGCCAGCACUCGGGGCAGGCAAAUCGCCAACACUGCAAGAGCGACCCCCUACCAGAGCCAAGCAGGGUUGCACUGAAUCACCUGCCCAGCUGUGCAGAGGGGAACACAGCCGGCUGAUGGAGCCCUUGGCAGGAGAAACCCCCUGACACAGAGAGGAGCGCUGGGGCAGGUUGUGCUGGGGUUGCCCCUUGCCCGCCUCUCCCAUCCCAUCCAUGGGCCUGAUCUGUUCCCACCGUCCAGGGAAUGCGGCACACCAAGUGAGGAGCGAGCAAGUGCUGGCUGGGUGGUCAUUCAGUGAGGGGCCUUGGCAUGGUCCAUCUUGGAGACCGAAGGGCAGCCUGGCCUCAGGAAUGCACCCUCGGGGUGGGGUUUUACCUUCCAGCUUGCGUUUAGCAGGCAGGAUUAUGCAUCAACUCUCGGAAGCCUGGGAAACGCCAACCUAACCCUAAUUGAACUCCUCUUGUGGGAAGUUUAUGUCUCCUUUCUAGUAGGCUCAGACACGGCCUCCAUCCCUAGGAACUUGUUGCAGUUCCAUAACAUGAUCAAAUGUACCAUUCCCAGCAGUGACCCGCUGAAGGAUUAUGCAGACUAUGGUUGCUACUGUGGCUUGGGGGGCAGCGGGACACCAGUCGAUGAGCUGGACAAGUAAGCAAAUUUCUCAUCUUUGCCCUCUGCCCACCCUCCCGUCCCUACCGUGUUCCAAGGCUUUGCACCUCCUAAUUUUAUUAGGGCACCUGCAGGUGAUCAGUAUUUUGCAGGAGGGGUUUAAGAACAUACCAAAACUUCAGUUUUCUACACUUAAAGUAGACUCUACUGCAACAAAUCUACCUUUAAAAAUUUGCUCUAUUUGGGGCUUAAAAAGGUAAAGGGACCCCUGACCAUUAGGUCUAGUCGUGACCGACUCUGGGGUUGCGGCACUUAUCUCACUUUAUUGGCCGAGGGAGCUGGUGUACAGCUUCUGGGUCAUGUGGCCAGCAUGACUAAGCCGCUUCUGGCGAACCAGAGCAGCGCACAGAAACGCCGUUUAUCUUCCCGCCGGAGUGGUACCUAUUUAUCUACUUGCACUUUGACAUGCUUUCGAACUGCUAGGUUGGCAGGAGCAGGGACCGAGCAAUGGGAGCUCACCCAUCAUGGAGAUUUGAACCGCCGACCUUCUGAUCGGCAAGUCCUAGGCUCCAUGGUUUAACCCACAGUGCCUUGCACUUAAUUUGGGAGCUGCAACUACAGCAGAAUGCUGCAGCAUGGUUGCUGGCAGAAUAGAGGCCUUGUCAGCAUAUAAAACUCUGCUCAGUGAUAUUUACAGUGGUACCUCGGGUUAAGAACUUAAUUCGUUCUGGAGGUCCGUUCUUAACCUGAGGUACCACUUUAGCUAAUGGGGCCUCCCACUGCCGCCACGCCGCUGCUGUGCGAUUUCUGUUCUCAUCCUGAAGCAAAGUACUUAACCCAAGGUACUAUUUCUGGGUUAGCGGCGUCUGUAACCUGAGGUACAACUGUACUGUUUGCUCAUUUUCUACCAGGCCAAGUUCAAGGUGUUACUCUUGUGGGAAAUGCAGCCUCAUAUAACUAGCAUGUUUAGUUCGGGUUAAUGCAUUAAGGGGUUAAGACCACAGAAUAACAAUAAUAAUAAUUUUUAUUUAUACCCCGCCCUCCCCAGCCAAGCCCGGGCUCAGAGCGGCUUACAAGCAAUAAUAAAAACAGGUUGAAUGAUUGCAACUUAAAAACAAAAUUAAAAUACAACAUUAAAAUAUCGAAACAUUAAAAUAUUAAAAUGUAGCCUCCUCGCAGGAGGAGAAGGAAAAGAAAAAAGAAAGAGAGGGAGGGAAUCAAAUUGGCUCCAAGCCAAAGGCCAGGUGGAACAACUCUGUCUUACAGGCACUGCGGAAAGAAAUCAGAUCCUGCAGGGCCCUGGUCUCAUGAGGCAGAGCGUUCCACCAGACCGGAGCCAGAGUUGAAAAGGCCCUGGCUCUGGUUGAAGCUAAUCUAACUUCCUUAGGGCCCGGGACCACUAGGGUGUUGCUGUUUAUGGACCUUGAGGCUCUCCGUGGGGCAUAACGGGAGAGGCGGUCUCGUAGGUACGAGGGUCCUAGGCCGUGAAGGGCUUUAAAGGUCAAAACCUUAAAUCUGACCCUGUACUCUACUGGGAGCCAGUGCAGCUUGAAAAGCACUGGAUGAAUAUGCUCCCAUGGCAGAGACCCUGUGAGGAGCCUCACUGCAGCAUUCUGCACCCGCUGGAGUUUCUGGGACAGCUUCAAGGGCAGCCCCGCGUAGAGCGAAUUACAGUAGUCAAGCCUGGAGAUGACCGUCACAUGGAUCACUGUGGCCAUGAUAACAGAAUAAGCUGUUGUUGCUGGACUUGACCAGGUCACACCCUCUCACCUCCAGUGGGCAGUUAGGAAAGUUUUUUUCUUUGCCUUCUUUCUGUUGUUUGUUCACUUCUACUAUGUGAAGCCGAUCAGAGAGGAUGUCUGAGCUUGACUGCUCCCAGCUCAGAAAGUGUGUUCAGAAACAUUUGCCAUAUUUUGUAAACUUAGCCUUUUUACCUGCGUUUUUCCGGCUGCUGCAUGGAAAAGCACAUGAAUUUGACCUUUGAAGUUUGUAAGUAAACUAGUCUUUUAAACUUAUCAAAUAGUGCGGUCUCUGCUGUUCUAAAGGGAUAGAAAGGGCAAGCGCUGUAUACAAGUGACUUAAAAAUGGGAUAUUUAAAAGGUCUAACAGCGUAUAUUCCCGCUCUUCACUUUGCUGUGUGUUUUUGUGUUUUAAAACCUCUGCUGUGGCUCUCUCUUAUGUGGAGGGUAUUCUGCCCCACAUUUGGAUCUAGGGAUCUAUCUACAUACAGCAACAACUAUUAGUAUAUAAAGCCCUUAACCUCUUGGAACCAGUUUACCUGCAAGAUCACCUUACCCUGAUACUGGUAUGUGCCCACUUGACCACUUCGAUCUGUGGAAAUGGCACUGUUUGAUGUGCCAUACAAUACCUGUUCUGCAAUUGUAUUAACUUAAUCUUUUAGUGUGGCAUAGAAUGUUGACAUGUGUUUCAAUAUGGCCUUUUCCCUUAUCCUUGAUUUGAAUUGGUUUUGAGUAUUUGUUUUUAACGACACUUACCGAUCGUUGCAUUGUUUUCUUCUGGUUAAAGUGGACUGGUGUGCUUUAAAUGUGUGCUGUGAUGUUGUCUAGAGAAAUCAACGUUCCUUCACUAAACAAGGCAGCUCCUAAGUGUCUCCCAAGCUCAUUGAAUCAACAUGAAUGUUUCUAAUUUUCAAAUAGGUGCUGCCAGAUCCACGACAAAUGCUAUGGUGAGGCCAAGAAGCAUUCCGAAUGCAAAUUCCUCAUAGACAACCCUUACACCAAGACCUACGCCUACAGCUGUUCAGGCAGUGAUGUCACCUGCAGCGGUAAAUGCAGCCUCCACCCUGCUUUGGCUAUGUCAGAGGGCCUAGUUCAGCUUUCUCUCCACAAGCCUCCAAAUUAAAUCCCCACUGUCUUAAAUCAGGGAUGGACACAAGUUCCUGGCCAUCUCGAUAAUGCUGGACUCCCAGCAUCUCCCCCCCUUCCAGCCAGUGUGGCCAAUGGUCAGCAAGUGUUGAGUUGACAUCUGUAUGGUUACAGGGCUUUAUUUUUCAGCCGGAACUUCUGGCGUCUCCCAGGUGGGUGCCUUAGCCAUUAUAAGAGAACAAGGGAGGCGUUCAUGGUGAGUUCCGGUACCUCUUUUUCUAGAAAAAUAGCACUGGUUGCAGGUACUCCAUCCCAGAGUUAAACAGGUGGCUUUCAGAGAAGAUUGGACAAAUUCAGGGAGAAGGCUAUCAAUGGCUACUAGCCAAAGUGACGAUGUUCUGCCUCCAUGGUCAGAGGCAGCAAUGCUUCUGAAUGCUAGUUGCUGGAAGCCACAGGAGGGAAAGGGCUCUUGUGCUUGGAUCCUGCCACAAGCAUCUGAAUGGCCAUUGUGAGAACUGGAUGCUGGACUAUUUGGGCCUUUGGCCUGAUCCCCGCAGAGGACCUUAAGGUCCACAAAUGACAACAUUUUGGAGGUCCCGGGUCACAAGGUGGUUAGAUUGGUCUCAACUAGGGCCAGGGCCUUUUCCGUAUUGGCCCCGAUCUGGUGGACAUGCUCUGUCACAAGAGACUAGGGCCCUGCAGGACUUGACAUCUUUCUGCAGGGCCUGCAAGACAGAGCUGCUCCACCUGGCUUUUGGUUUGGACUCAGUCUGACCCUUAUGUUUCCCUCCCCUUAUGGUUUUGAUCUAUGGGCUACUUUAAAAAUGAGGCUGCAUUUUAAAUUGCAUUUUAACCUGUAUUUUAAAUUGGUUUUUUCCCCCUAUUAUGUUUUUACUGUAAUUUUACUGGUGUUAGCCGCCCUGAGCCCUGCUCUGGCCGGGGAGGGUGGGGUAUAAAUAAAAUUUAUUAUUAUUAUUAUUAUUAUUAUUAUUAUUAUUAUUAUUAUCCAGCAGGGCUAAUAAUAAUAAUAAGAAUAAUCUGACUGGAUUUCUCCAGCCGCUCUGGGCAGUUGCCAACAAAAUAUAGCAUCAAACAUUAAAAACUUCCUGGAACAGGGCUGCUUCCAGAUGUCUACAAAAAAUUCUAUCGUUGCUCAACUCUUGACAACUGCCAGGAGGGCAUUUCACACGGUGGGUGCAACUACUGAGAAGGCCCUCUGCUGGUUCCCUGUAACUUCACUUCUCGCAGUGAGGGAACCGCCAGAAGGCCCUCGGAGCUGGACCUCAGUCCGGGCUGAAUGAUGGGGGUGGAGACGCUCCUUCAGGUAUACUGGGCCAUUUAGGGCUUUAUAGGUCAGCACCAACACUUUGAAUUGUGCUUGGAAACAUACUGGGAGCCAAUGAAGGUCUUUCAGGACCGGUGUUAUGUGGUCUUGGCAGCCACUCCCAGUCACCAGUCUAGCUACCGCAUUCUGGAUUAAUUGUAGUUUCCGAGUCACCUUCAAAGGUUUAUGUUCUUAUUUUCAGUUGUGGAGCUUGUGAGAGAUCUCGGUCAAGGAGAGCAAAGCAGAUGCUAUAUAACAGAGCUACAAACCUUCCCGUAAAAAAAAAAAUUAGGAUUCUAGAAUUUAGGAUUCUUUAAAAGAAAGAAAGAAACUGAAUUAAAUAGGAAGCUGCCUAAUACUGAGUGAGACCAUUGGUCCAUGUAGUCCAGUGUUGUCUGCACUGACUGGCAGUGGCUCUCCGGGAUGUUAGACAGCAUUUUAGGCAGGGCGUCUCUUGCACCCCUACCUGGAGAUGCCAGGGAUUGAACCUGGGACCUUCUGCAUGCAAGGCAGGUGCCCUUCCACUUGGCUAAGGCCCUUCUCCCGAGAAGUUACCCAGUUCAUGCUUGGCCUUUUCCUGCUUCAGAUGACAAUGAUGAAUGUGCGGCGUUCGUCUGCGAGUGCGACCGUAGUGCGGCCAUCUGCUUUGCAGGGGCUCCAUACCAAGAGCAAUAUAAACAGCUGGACACGAGCAAAUACUGCAAGUGAUGUUUGUGCUACAAACCAUGCAAGGCCCUCGCUGCCGCUUCUCACGCAUGCUGAUCCUUUGGCGGACAACUGGAGAGAUUGAGACAAGGUCAAUAAAGCCGUUGUGCGUUUUCUACAGCAAAGGGAUUGCUUCCUGAGUCAUGAAUAAAAUAAAAGCAGGCAUCUAAAACUGUGUUUUAUUAUCCCCCGCCCCCUGCUGUAUUUGCAAAUAUUCAGCUUGACACAGAUGUCAUGGUUUCCACACGCUCUGCCUGGUAUCCUUGGAAAGUGGCCACUUUAUAUCCUGGCAAAUUGUGGACAGUCAGCAGUUCAUCAGAUGGGGAAGAAAUUUGAUUCAUUUCCCCAACAUGCAUAACGGUGAAACAAUAUGGGAGCCGAAAUACAGGUGUCCUUUGGAAACUUGCCCUUCUCCAAAUGUCGCAGUGCAGUUCACCAGCCCAGUAAUUUGCAAAAAUAAAAUACAGUGGUACCUCGGGUUAAGUACUUAAUUCGUUCCGGAGGUCCGUUCUAAACCUGAAACUGUUCUUAACCUGAAGCACCACUUUAGCUAAUGGGGCCUCCCGCUGCUGCCGUGCCGCCGGAGCACGAUUUCUGUUCUCAGCCUGAAGCAAAGUACUUAACCUGAAGCACUAUUUCUGGGUUAGUGGAGUCUGUAACCUGAAGCGUAUGUAACCCGAGGUACCACUGUAAUAAUGCAAGCAUAAAACUGAUAACCACAUGCAAUAAGGCAUUAUAGUCGUACCUUGGUUUUCGAACAGCUUAGUUCUGGAACAUUUUGGCUGCCCAACACCACAAAUCCAGAAGUGACUGUUCCGGUUUACGAACUAUUUUUGGAAGCCAAACGUCCAAUGGGGCUUCCACAGCUUCCGAUUGGCUGCAGGAGAUUCCUGCAGCCAAUCGGAAGCUGCGUCUUGGUUUCUGAACGUUUUGGAAGUCGAACAGACUUCCAGAAUGGAUUCCGUUCAACUUCCAAGGUACAGUUGUAUAUUGUGGGAAAUGGCUUUGCCAAAAAUGUAUACAGUGGUACCUCGGGUUACAUACGCUUCAGGUUACAUACGCUUCAGGUUACACACUCCACUAACCCAGAAAUAGUGCUUCAGGUUAAGAACUUUGCUUCAGAAUAAGAACAGAAAUCGGGCUCCGGCAGCACGGCGGCAGCAGGAGGCCCCAUUAGCUAAAGUGGUGCUUCAGGUUAAGAACAGUUUCAGGUUUAGUAUGGACCUCUGGAACGAAUUAAGUACUUAACCCGAGGUACCACUGUAUUGGGCAAAAAUAGCAAUAAAUCAGAAUAUUAAGAGAAAUUCCCUAUAAAAUGCUGGUGAAUUUUCAUGAGGACUUUAAAAGCAAUACUAGGUUGACAGAGCAUUCACCUUGCAUGUAGAAGGCCCUAGCUUCAAUCUCCAGACAGGACUAGGAGAGACACCUAUCUAAAACCCUGGAGAGUUGCUGCCAGUCAGUGUAAAGACUGCUGACCUAGAUGGACCCAAUGGUCUGGUUCAGUAGAAGGCAGUUGCCUUAUAAUAUUUGUGAACCCCAGGAAGCUGGUCGUUGUGAGAACAGGAUGCCGGACUAGAUGGGUCAAAGUGCAACAGUGCUCUCCCGGCUUGUUAUUCCAACAGCUGGCACUGCCUUUACGGCGGAGGUAGAACAUAACCAUCAAGGCUAGCAGCCAUUGAUAGCUGGUGCUGGGAAUGAUGAUUGGCUGCUUUUGAUCUGUGAUGCCACAAUUGCACAGCUGGAGGCAACAAUUGGGACACGUAAGGGAUUGGCUCAUCUGCCUCUGAUGUCACAAUUCCUCCUGAGGCUGGGAGCUAUAGGGCAUCAGAGCAGAAUGGGUUGGCUUGCAAAGCUGCUCUCUACCAGCCACCUCAGAGUCAAAACUGCACCUCCUUUCCUGGCUAGCUGGCCCCAAGCAUCAGCUACUUGGCUACUGCAGUUCUAUAAAAGCCUUUGGGAAUAAGUAACACCUGCCAAAUAGAGGUACCACUUUAGUUAGUCGUUUGCCUUUGCGGGAGUCACUGCAUCCGCUGUAAGGUUUUGUCUGUAAUCCUGCACACACUUCAUGGGGAGUUACUCCCAUUGAACACAGAGGGAGUUACGACUGAGUCUUUGCCUCUUAGGAAUAUAAGAAUAGCCUGCUGGAUUGGGCUAAUAACCCACCUAAUGUCCAACCAGUUGUUAGGAGGAGCCUCAGCCAAUGAGAGGCAUGGCCAACUAAUUCUGGUUUUUCCCCUCACCUCCCUCCCUGCUGGGUUCUCCAAGGAGCAACACCAGGGGUCAGCAAACUUUUCCAGCUGUGGGCUGGUCCACCGUCCCUCAGACCAUGUGGUGGGCCGGACAAUUUUUUGGGGGGGCGGGGGGAAUGAAUGAAUUUGUAUGCCCCACAAAUAACCCAGAGAUGCAUUUUAAAUAAAAGCACACAUUCUACUCUUGUAAAAACACCAGACAGGCCCCACAAAUAACCCAGAGAUGCAUUUUAAAUAAAAGGACACAUUCUACUCAUGUAAAAACACACUGAUUCCCAGACCGUCCGCAGGUAGGAUUUAGAAGGCGAUUGGGCUGCAUCUGGCCCCCAGGCCUUAGGUUGCCUACCCCUGAGCAACACUAACGCCACCUUCACACCAUGCAUCUAAAACACUGUGAUGACAUUUUAAACAGUCAUGGCUUCCCCCCAAAGAAUUCUGGGAGCUGUAGUUUGCUAAUGGUACUAAGAGUUGUUAGAAGUCCCCUAUUCCCUUCACAGAGCUACAGUUCUGUGGUUUAACAACCAAUCCCUCUUCACGGGCAACUAUGUGAGUUGUAGCUCUGGUAGGGGAAUAGGGGGGUCUCCUAAUAACUCUCAGCACCCUUAACAAACUACAGCUCCCACAAUAUAUUUUUUGGGGGGGGAGCAGUUUUGCCUAUUUAAAAUGGCAUCAUAAUGUUUUAAAUGCAUGGUCUAAAUGUGACCAGAGUUCUCUGCUAUUGCUAAGCAAACGUUUGCUAACAAGAAACUCCUCAACGUUUCUUACAUAAGUUCUGUUGCAUAUUUCAGCAGUAAAUAAUAGACAGUAAUACUAGCCUCAGUCCAAUAGUUAUAAAGCAUUUUGUAAUGACACCCAUUUUCCUGAACUCUGCUGACCGAAAUUUCCUACUUACCCUGCAACUCCACUGCAUGUUAUAUAGAAAGAGCUUAUUUCUUGCUAUACUUUCCAGCAUGGCAGAUUUGUAGUCGUAUAUUCCGCUCAAUAACUAGGGACUUAGAUAACAUCGUAAUAUAAUUUCCAGAGCAUUUUCCCCGUAUUUUUUGCUGCUGCUAACAUUUUUAAACUAACUCUUCCAUUUUCUGUUCCAGACUUUCUUAUCAAUCUGUACAUUCGCCGUUUCACAUUCGUUCUGAUUGAGGUUGCAAUCAAAAACCUGAAAUGGGAAAAACUGGACCCCAUGACAAAUACGUGAUUGCAUUUAAUGUGCCUAGACAGCUGUGAAAGGCCCUGUUCCAGUUUGCAACUGCUGCACACAGGGAGGGCCUUUUAAUUUUUCCACGUAGACCAUAGUCGUGAUCAAACCCCCCACCCCACCCCCGCAAAACCUCAAAGCAUAAGAAUCCAAGAAGAGACUGAUUACUGGAUCAGCCCAAUGGCCCAUUUUGCCCAGCAUGCCCCAAUGUGAAAUCCACAAGCAGAACCUACGCACGACAGCACUCUCCCCUCCAGUGGUUUCCAGGAACUGGCAUUCAGAAUCAUACUGCCUCAAUGGACAGAGCCAGUGCCCCCCUCCUCCCAGAAAAACCCCCAAGAAGCUCCACUCCACCUGCCCCUCCACUGCUGUUAUUUUCCUUUCAGAUACGGUUGUCGUGGAAUUCUACUCAGUAUUGAUCCAGAGCAGAUUCCAACGUCUAGUUAGCAGAGUAACAACUUAAACACGUUGCAGGAUUCCCCCAAAAUAGAUCAGAGGGAAUUGUAUUUCAUCCAGCAGAACUUUACUGCUACUGAAGGCGAAUGAGCAUAAUGGUCACAAAUCCAAUGCGUUCAGGACUGGCACUGUCCAUAAGAAAUCCAGUUGCGGCAGGCUUAAACUUACAAGAACUUAUAAUAAGUCUAAACCUUAACACUAAGCAUACAGAACACCACACCAGAAGGAAAAGAGAGAUAGUUAAGACCCAGGGUCCUUCUGGCCUAUUAUUAUAGUCAAACAAUCCACUGGGUCUUCUGCUUUUUUCAUUGAACUUUCUGAGACUUCCACUGAAAUCUACAAUUUGACACAAUGAAUAUUAUACCUUAUUUAUUCAAAAGUACAGCCGGUUACGUCUUGUGUGCUUAUUGAAUCUAUUAUUAUUAUAGUCGGCAUGAUCUUCACAGAAAGAGAUAACAAUCAGUUUAAACCAGCUGUACUCAGCUUCUCUGAAGGAAUAACCCAUGCUUCCUCAACCUCGGCCCUCCAGAUGUUUUUGGCCUACAACUCCCAUGAUCCCUAGCUAGCAGGACCAGUGGUCAGGGAUGAUUGGAACUGUAGUCUCAAAACAUCUGGAGGGCCGAGGUUGAGGAAGCCUGGAAUAACCCAAACAUCAUGAACCUUCUGCUUGCUUCUUUCACACAGAGAAGCUUCCAGAACCCUCUUGAAUUAAUUAGAAUAGGAAAGAUCUCUACACAUCAGACCCAUACUUUCUGUACUAAGAAAUGCAAACUGACAAUGGUAGCCUGUGGGACACAGCUCACCGCUUAGAAAUAUACUUUGCCCCUUCUGUGACCCCUGCACACCCCACGAAAUUCAUUUCUGGUGCUGCCACUGACUGUCUCCAACCAUAGAGGCAGAACAUAGCCAUGGGUUGCCUUCCUCUCCAUUAAUUUUUGUCUAAUCCUCCUUUAAAGCAAUCCAAGUUGGUGACCGUCUCCACAUCUCCAAGAAUGCACACAAAUAGGUAUAUAUGUAAACAGCCUUGAGACUGGGAAAUGAUAUAUAAUGAAUUGAAAAAGAUGUUUAAAAUAACGUUUGUAAAAAACAAACAAACCCAGAAGCUUUCCUUUUUGGAGAUUAUAGGAACAGAACUACCCAAACUGUAUAGAAUGUUAUUUGCCCAAAAAUGGAAAGAAGAAGAAGAAGUCCCAGAGAAAGAAGAAUGGAUACAAAAAUGUAAUGGAUUUAGGGGUUGCUCGUGCGUAAGUUGCCGCCACUCCUGGCGAGGUUGCCCGGUUAAACCCUUUCUGACUGAACAGCCUCCAGCAUCGUGGCUGUCUCAGUCGCUGGCAGAAUCCGUCAGUGGGCGUUUCUUAAACUUCUUCCAGCACAAAAGUUCCUUGACGCCUAGUCUCCGCCUAGACUCCCUGCGCGGAAGCCUUCUGCGCAGGGAGGGUGUGGGCAGCGGAGGACCUGUACUCUCUCCGCUGGUCUCAGGCGAGGAGUCUUGGAGCCUCCUCUCCGAUUCCCCCAUCUGCCCCCCUUCUCUACUGGUGUUACGCUGAUUUCCUUCCCCAGCGGACGGGCUGCCUCUCUCCCUACUGGGACCCUCUCCGCCAUCCCUCUGGAGCAUUCCCUCUGCCUCUAGCUCCGAUAGCAGUUCCCUGACAAAAAACUUAUGGAAUAUGCGGAAAAUGGCAAAACUUAGCUGAAAAAUAAGAAAUCAAGAUAACAAACUUUUUAUAAAAGAAUGGAAAUGGUUUGUUGAAUAUUUGCAAAUGAAAUGUAAACAGAUCAGAAUGUUGGAUUAUUGUAAUAAUCUACAGUUACAUAAGAGUAUAUAUUUAACGUACAUGAGUAAAUGAAUAAAUUAAAUUAAUUUGGAAUAUGCAGAAAAUAUAAAAAACAAAAUGAAGGAACCACAGAAAGGGGGGAAGGAACUUGAGUUUUGAAAUGUUAAAAUGAUUGUAAAAUUAUGGAAAUGUAUAAAACUGAAAAUCAUAAAAAAGAGACUGUGGAAGGCGAUUACUAAAAUAAUAAAUUACUAAAUUACUAAAAUAAUUAAAAUCAAGAACUUCUUUACCUUCUUCUCCAGGGAUAAGAUGGAGACCUUGGGUGAAUUUGACAACGAAUCCCCGCUCUACGUCUCUUUCUGCAAGCGGAUUUCCCCAGAGGACUUUGAGAAGCAAUCUCUGACGUACACCCAGAAAUCUCUGCAGGACCUUUAUGCCAAAAUGGAGCAGAACCCAGGAAUCUGCGAGUCGAUUGUGCGCAAGAGGAAGCAGCUGGAGAGUGAGGAGGCGGGUAUGGCGUCCUACUUGAAGGUAAAGCUGGGGGCACCUCAAGAUGUCUGGAAAAGAGGGUGAAGAGAGAAAAGAGAAAAAAAGAGGCAAGCCUCAAAAUGGAAGUUUUCUGCAUUUUGAGGCUUGCCUCUUUUGUGCCCCGUUUGUAUUUAGAGCUUCUCUUUCUCUCUUCAUAGUAAACUGGCUGCUUCCAGACAUGAAUGAUUCAGCACAGUGGAGGCUAAACCCCAGUUCAGGAUCCUGAGAUGCCUCACCCAUGCAUGCCCAACACACUGUGCCAGUCGAGCUUUUAACAGCAGCAUUUUGCAUCAAAUGAAGUCUCUCUCAGAGUGCCACCCCAUCCCAAUAAUCCACUUGAGGGAGGUUGCUAAUAUAUACAACAAAAUUUGAGUGUAUUCCGUUCUUAGCCCUGCAUCUAAUCCCCACAUAAACCCACCAGGCUGGGCAACCCCACCUGACAGCAGGUGAUUGACGGGGGGGGGUUGUCCCACCCACCUGUCCUGCUUGGCCUAUGGAGGCGACAGUAUCCCAGUACAUUUCCGAGCACAAUUCAAAGUGUUAGUGCUGACCUUUAAAGCCCUAAACGGCCUCAGUCCUGUAUACCUGAAGGAGCGUCUCCACCCCCAUCGUUCAGCCCAGUCACUGAGAUCCAGCACCGAGGGCCUUCUGGUGGUUUCCUCAUUGCGAGAAGUGAGGUUACAGGGAACCAGGCAGAUGGCCUUCUUGGUAGUGGCGCCCACCCUGUGGAACGCCCUCCCAUCAGAUGUCAAGGAAAUAAGCAGCUAUCCUAUCUUUAAAAGACAUCUGAAGGCAGCCCUGUUUAUGGAAGUUUUUAAUAUUUACUGCUGUAUUGUUUUUAACACUCGAUUGGGAGCCGCCCAGAGUGGCUGGGGAAACUCAGCCAGAUGGGCGGGGUAUAAAUAAUAAAUUAUUAUUAUUAUUAUUAUUAUUAUUAUUAUUAUUAUUAUUAUAGUGGUGACAGGUCAGGAUAAGUUUCUCCAGCCCUGCCAUGGUGCCCAGCCUCUCUUCUCCCAACCAACCCUUCUCUUCCAGGCCAAGAUCUCUUCACUAUUCAAACACAGCAACUCAAUGGAAAUGGAGGAAAUUCAAGAAGAGGUGGAACAGCUGAAACGGGAGAUGCAGAAGGCCAGCAACUAUGCUUUUGGUUGGUCCUGCCUUUCUCUAGGUAGAAGGGCUGGGAAGGGGCUACUUCUGGACUUUGCUCCAGCCAGGAGAGGCAUUGGACAUGCCAUGCCUCUGAAGAUAUGGUUCCUUCCUUCCCGAGGAAUCCUGGGUUCUGGAGCUUAUCCAUCGCAGGACAACAACUCCCGGCACCUGUAAUAAACUACUUUUUUUUACUCCUUUUCAGCGGCCAAGAGGGCAUCACAGUUAGAGAGACGGGGAAGGAAGACCAUGCCAGGCCAAGCCAGGCUUCCAGAGCAGGUUGUUGCAGCUAUGCCCAAAGUCUUUGGUCCUUACCCAAAACAGGUUUGUGCCAAGAUGCUUUGCCCCCCCCCCCGCCAUCCAUAGGAAGACAACAAAUCUGUCCAUUUUGGUGGACUGGGCAAUAACGAGCCUUCCCUCUCCACCCCCAAACAGGCAGAGAGAUCGACGGGUUAUCUGAACACGGACUUGAAGCAGCCCCAGGUUGGCAUAUCACCCGUCAAUCAAAAGAGGUGGGAGCUGAUUGAAGGGCAAGGUGGGCAGGGAGGGGGGUCUCAAAGUGGCAAGGUCAUCCCACAAUGCAUGGGUGGGAUACAGAAGAAGGUAGUCGAGCCGUGUUUCCUAAAAUUGGGUCUCCAGCUGUUUUUGAACUACAAUUCCCAUCAUCCCUGACGGCUGGUCCUGCUAGCUACGGAUGAUGGGAGUUGUAGUCCAAAAAGACCCAAAUGUGGGAAACAUUGUAGUAAAGUGGGUUUUUGGGUUUUGCUUUUUUACAGAAACUUUGACAGGCCUCAUGUGGUAAAACAAUACCAUGAAGCAUUUGUGGAGGCAGAGCAUGGCCAUUGUGGCUAGCAGCCUCCUCCAGCCCUCUUUGAAAAUCAUCCAGGUUGGUGGCCAUCACCAACUUUUUUUCAAUGUUGUGAACCGCCCUGUGAUCUUCAGACGAAGAUCUACAACUCAGCAACAAGUGCAAAUGAGACUGGUCUUCAACCGGCGCUUGGAGGCAGUGGUGGGCUGGAUGCAGCCAGCGGUGGCUGAUGUCAAUGGGGACUGGUAGGGCAGAAAGCAGGGAGCCCAACAGUAGGUGGUGCCAGAGGCGAUGAAAGGCAGAGCCAACUAGUUUGAGUUUUGUCCCCAUCCUCUUCCCUGCUUCGUUAUAUGAGGGCAACACUGAGGCUGAGGAGGAGGAGGAAGCUGAAUGGACACUCCCAACCCCUCUCCUGGUAGUUAAGUAGGAAGGCAGACAGGUGGGGGUUGGAAGAGAGCAGCUUGAGGUAGGUGGGGCAGCACCCUAUUCACCCUACAAGUGGACAAUGGAAGUAUGAGAGGUAGUAAAUGUGACAAAAUUAAGUACAGUGCUACCUCGGGUUAAGUACUUAAUUCGUUCCGGAGGUCCGUUCUUAACCUGAAACUGUUCUUAACCUGAAGCACCACUUUAGCUAAUGGGGCCUCCUGCUGCCGUCGUGCCGCUUGAGCACGAUUUCUGUUCUCAUCCUGAAGCAAAGUUCUUAACCCGAGGUAAUAUUUCUUGUUUAGCGGAGUCUGUAACCUGAAGCGUCUGAAACCUGAAGCGUAUGUAACCCGAGGUACCACUGUAAUCUUAAUCCAGUCAAGGGAGUAAUGCAGGACUUUAUUGAUUGAAAAAAAUGGAAUUUAUUUAUUAUGUUCUAGCUGCUAUGGGCCCAUGUUCCUUGGGAAUUCGAAGAAACAAACAAAAAAUCUGUGCAGUUUUGAUAUCGGUGGUUAAAAUCAGUGUAGUGUUGAAAGGUUCAGUCCACCAUCUUGAUUCAAAACAGUGUCCACUUGGAUUCAAACAAGGAUGAAAACCUGCUCCUUGCAAAAUUUGAUUAUGAUAACUUAAUAUAUCCAGAUGCAUAGCAAGCAAACAACUUCCCCGGUGUAGCAAAAUGCAAGAAGAUAUCCAGCUGUUUACACUGGGAGAUCAAAUGUUUUUAUUCGGACAGGCCUUUUGCCCCUAAAAGGGCUUGAUCUGGCUGUUGUUAAGUACGAUGAAGUUUGUUCAGCCCCUACUAUUUUACCUGCGUAUGGCUCUGCGUACACCAUGCACAACACCCACAAGAACUGUGGGAACCACAGCUGUCAACUUUCCCCUUUUCUUGCGAGGAAUCCUAUUCGGAAUAAGGGAAUUUCCCUUAAAAAAAGGGAAACGUUGACAGCUAUGGUGGGAACUGUAGUUUGUUUAGGAAACAUUGGGUUAUUGUUCUAUAAUGGGGAAAAUACUUUGGGGGUAAUUAAUAUGUUUUAAAUGUGCUUGUGUGGAUGAUGGUCAGCCACCUUGAGCACCAUUUGGUGGGAAAAGUGAGACAUAACACAAUACCGAACCAUUUCCUUUCUUCGUUUCUAGCAGUACAGUCGACCUGCAUCCCGUUAUGCUGAGCCCCGGUGGCUGCCGUUCCUCAUUCCUGGUUAGCAACACCUUCAGCAGGGCGAAACCCUCCACUUUUCCGAGGUAGAGUUUCUCUUUCGAGGUUGUCCACACAUUCAUGCUCCUCACUCCGCCUGUGCAAGGAGGUGUUUUGUUUUGACAGUGGGCACAAAGAGCUGGCCUGUGUGGCAUCUCUGAGGCGCUUCUGCUAGAAAAAUCCCAUGGCCUUGAACCAGGCCCUAAAUCAGGGGUCGGCAAACUAAGGCCUGGGGGCCGGAUGUGGCCCACUGGGUUCAUUAAUCCAGCCCACGAACCUUGCGGAUCCUGCCGCCCACUCGGUCAGUCCCCAUGCUAAACCAGCAUGGCUUUGGAUUGGCUGCCAGAAGCUCCUGCAGCCAAUCCAAAGCUGCGGAUGCCAAUCCGAAGCCGAGCAGGAGGAAGCAGCAGCAGCGAGGAAGCUGCCUCCGCCGCCCAGGCCAGCAGCAUGGGCUCUGCACCCCGUAGACCUCUGGCCGAGGCAGAGGAUGACGCUGCCAAAGACGAGGCGGUGGCAGGGGUCCUUUCGGGGGGCAGGGUGUGCUUUCGGGAAACCAAUAUGAAACCACAACAAAAGCUAAAACACAUUGAUAUCCCUAAAAAGCAGUCUUUAACAAAUCCACUUUAAAACAGUUGUUUAAUUAAUACCACUUGAAACGGUCAUGGCUCCAACCCACAGAAGAAUCGUGGGAACUGUAGUUUGCAAAGGGUGCUGAUAGUUGUUGCUAUUAUUUAUUAAAUUUGUAUACAGUGAUACCUUGGUUCUCGAAUGGCUUAGUUGUUGAACAAAUCGGUUCCCACAUGCCACGAACACAGAAGUAAGUGUUCCAGUUUGCGAACGUUUUUUGUUUUUUUUUUGUUUUUUUAAAUGAUGUUUAUUGAAAUUUCAAAAAAUACAAAACUUACACAAAAACAAAAAGUAAAAAAUACAAAAGCUUACACACAAAAAAUACAAAAAUAAAAUAAAAAUAUGAGAAAAUAGAAAAUACAGAAGAAAAAUAAAAGAAAACAAAACAAAUUCAUUAUUUUCAGAUCCUUAACUGUCAUUACCUUCUUUCUUAGACCUCCUCCUCCUCCCUUCCUUUGUAUUCUAGUUAUUAAUUAUCCCAGCAAAUCCUUUCCUUUCCAUAUUUCAAAAAAAUAAAACAUAAAAGGAAUUCUCAACUAAUUUAAUCCUAUCUUUCUAUAAUAAAAUAAACCUUAAAAUUUAAAAUUUAAAUCUUAAUUUUACCAACUUCUUGUGUUCAUAAUGUUCUUUCAUAAUUCUUUAUGCAUCUUUACUAAAGCCAGGUAAUUUCUUCCAACAUUUUUCUAUCAUUCAUUUUUCUAUCAUUCUAUCAUUCAUCAACUUUAUAAAACAUUCUAUUAAUUAAAAAAAAGAGGAAAAAGCAUAUAAACAAGUCCAAUCUUUAUCCAACGUCCCUUCCUCCUGGUUCCGGGAUUUGUCAGUCCUUAUUCCUCAAUCUAACCCGGUGACCUUAUGUCCGAGGCCCUCAGGUCACUUCCAUGGCCCUUCCGCGGCUUUUCUUCAUAUUUGUGGCUGUAGUCACUUGCUCGUGAUAACUCCAACUUAGUAGUGUUUUUAGCCCUUCUCAUCAGAUCAGACCCUUUUCCAUAUUCAUCGCUGCAUUCCAUGUAGUAUUUAAGAGCAUUCUUCAAGGGCCCUCCGAAAUUGUGGGCCCCCACAAUUCCAAACAUAUCGCAGCCUGUUACUGUAUUUAAAAAGUCCAGAUAUCCCGACAUAGGGGGGUCAAUCCAGCCCCCCAUUUCCAAACCACACCGAACUUUCCCUUCCCAGAUCUGGUUUUUUCAAUGUUACUUUGUCAAAUCCGAAGGAUCAAACUCCUGUUGGGACUGUUCUGUCAAGACACACUCCUGAUUUAAUGCCACAAACCCCUGUUUUGUCAAAACACACUCCUGGUUUGAGUCCUGGAUAGACUCCACAUAUAUUCCCACAGUCUGGUCAAAACCUUCCACUGCCAGUCUAAGAUUUCCAGUCGAAUUGGCCAUCCGGUUCACCUUAUCAUGUAAUUCUUCCAGUAGAGUAUUUGUUUUAUAAAGCAGGGACACCACAACUUCUGAAAACAUUGUCACGCUUUCCCACGGUUAUUUUGUAGCAGCUGUCAAGUCCUUGAAAUUAGUUACAGUUUCAAAGGCUCCCCCUAGGGGGAAGACUUAUAUUUGUUUUUGCUACAUUUCCAAAAUACUUGAAAUACUUUGUCCAUAUAUAUUCCUUUAAAAUGCGAAAGGGAACAGUAAAGUCACAAAGAUUCUCUUCUUUUAGCUAUCUGUCACACACAAUUACCUUGAUAGAUUCACGUCAGUCCUGACUUCCCCGCUCCAGGAUCAGGACGAAAAUAACUUCCUUUUACUACUUCAAAUAGUCCAAAAAAAAAUAUUCCCAAUUUAGAAUGUUGGAAUCCACUCUUUUAAAAGAGAUUUUCAAAGCUCUAGUGUAAAUUGCCUUUGCUUUGUUCUAUUUACAAAAGAACGGAAGGGUGACUUCCUGUUUAGCCCUUCCCGCUCCGUACCGAAUUCAAUAGAUUUUUUUCUUUUUUUUUAUAGUCCAAUUCUGUCCUUUUCACAAAUCUUCAUUUACUGUCCCAUUUGUUCAAAUUCUAAGUACUCACGGGUAUUUGUUUUAAAGUCCGAAUUGUCCAGGAAAAAAGGCAGCGCUCUCCGGCAACAGCUACGCGGCUUCACUCCACAAAAGAAGCAGACGACUCACAGCACAGCGCCACUUCCCCGCUCUGUUCCGGAGCCCGUUGCCGGGUUCCUUUGCAGAUUGGGGGGGCGCAAACAGUGCCCGCCGAGUCCCAGGGUCACAGGCUUCACCCGCCUGUGAUUUAAGGGGUCCCCGCUGCGCCGAAGUGGUGUCAGACCCAAUUUCUGUGGAGCAGAUUCCCUCCGAAUUAGAGGGAAUCCGCCAUUGCCGUUGGCGCCACCUCCGGAAGUCCAGUUUGCGAACGUUUUUUGGAAGCCAAACAUCUGAUGCGGCUUCCACUUGAGUGCAGGAAGCUCCUGCAACCAAUCAGAAGCAGUGUCUUGGUUUUGGAACAGUUUCGGGAUUCGAACAGACUCCUGGAACGGAUUAGGUUCGAGAACCAAGGUACCACUGUCCUGCCCUAUACACACAGGUCUCAGGGUGGUUACAACAUAAAAUCACAAUAUAAAAACACAAAAUACCAUAUCAAAACACAAAACUGGGGAUUAGAAGAAUUCCAACGCCCCAUCACAAUGCUACAAUUUCCAGAGUAGUCCAACUAGCAAUCCCUCUGCCCAGGGAACUCUGGGAAUAGUAGCUCCGUGAGGGGGAUAAGUGUCAGGAGUUCGGCCUACACUUGAGUAGGACCCUGGUAGAGACACAUGCCCGACUGGCAUGUUCUCUCCCUCCUGGUCUUUCGUUUGGGAGCUUCAAAAGCUUUCUUCACCCCGAACAUCACAGCGACCAAUGCCAACCCACACCAGCACACUUAGGGAUCCACAGAGUCGUUGCAGGUCAUGCAUGACAGACCUCAGCAACUCAGCAUUUUGGCUAAUCUACUUUAUUUACGUAUAAACACACGUAUAAACAGCAAAGAGGAAAAAAACAAAGGACAAUAGUCCCACUUCACACAACACAGUAACACAAACAUCCUGUCUCCGUCACUUCCCACUGUGGAGUCAAAACAUGCACCGUCAUGUGACAGACAACAAUCCCAUGACUGCAAUCAUGGAGCAGGAAUUCUAAUGAGGCUCAGCAACCUGAACGGACGGCAGCUCCCAUGAUUCCUUGGGGGGAGCCAUGACUGUGUGGUUUGAGUGGGGUCUACGAUGGCAGCGCAGACGCGCCGCCGUCAUGAGAUAUUAGGGAUUCCUCACGGGGGAGGUUUCUCUUUCUCUUCCAGGACUGCUGACAACGGUCCGACUGAUUCUAUCCAAAGCGCCAGCCCAGCCAGCACAUCCUCAGUUCUGAACGCGCCUUUGCUGGCCCAGCCGAGAGUCAGAAAAGAAGACACACAGGAUAAUGAAAACCCGGGCCCCAGUUCCCACCCUACGGGGGCCUAGAUGUCUCUUGGUGUAGCAGAAGAUGCUAAGCAAAUGAAAGUUCAGUGCAUGAUCCUUACCCGUGUGGUGGUUCUGAUGUCCUAACACCUCCGGAGGAGGGAGGGAGAGACAAAAUGGCUAACCAAGCUCGCAUCCCAUUUAAAACACUGUUACACUACUUUGACAGCCAUUGAAGAUGUUGGGAAACAUAACUUGUUAAGGGUGCGGGGAACUGUAGCGCUGUGUGGGGUGGAUGGGCAGAUCUGUCCAUUUUGGCUCCUUUCUCACCUUCCCAGUCUUCGGUUGUCUCCAGCUUUCGGCAUUCAGACCACAAUACCGAAUGAACCACAUAAACUGGAUCAGGUUUUUUUUAAGCCGAAACUCACCAGAACUCAGUUCCGGCACUUUUCAGGUGGGAUCUAUAGCCGUUAUAAGAGAACAAGGGAGGUGUUCAUGGUGAGUUCCAGCACCUCUUUUUCUAUAAAAAUAACAGAAGGUGUUUGUCUCCUUUUUUGUAAAUAAUUUUUUAUUAAUUUAUCACAGUUAUAUUUUCACAAAUAAAAACAGUAAUUAACUCACAUUUCUACCAAAUCUAAAUUUAUACAAAUGCCUUUUCACAAACCUUCUCUUUGAGAUUCUUUAAAUCUCUGGACUUCCAUCCGUACCCUCUUCUGGUUCCUUAUUUUAACCAAGUUCUUCUACAUUUCCAUACUUACACUUUUCCAAUUAUUUUUUCCCUUAAUUUUAUCUAUUUUUCUGCUAGUUGCAAGCGUUUACUUAAAAUCCUGCUAAUGUUUCAACUUGUUUACAGUAUUUUUGCACAUAGACAAUAAACGAUUUGUAUUUGUACAAACAGAAAGUGUUUCUCAAACACUAUCCACCCCAACUCCUAAUACGGCAAACUCUUUUUUUAAUUUGGGAGUUUUUAAAAAGUAGUUUCUCACUGCUUUUGCAAUAAGGGUGAAACUUAAGCAGUCCUGCUUAGACCCGUGAAAAUACACAGUUCUUUUCAACCUGGCCUUGUAUAAUGGUACAGUUGGAUCUGAAUACAGUGGUACCACGGGUUAAGAACUUAAUUUGUUCUGGAGGUCUGUUCUUAACCUGAAACUGUUCCUAACCUGAAGCACCACUUUAGCUAAUGGGGCCUCCUGCUGCUGCCGCGCCACCGGAGCACGAUUUCUGUUCUCAUCCUGAAGCAAAGUUCUUAACCCGAGGUAAUAUUUCUGGGUUAGCGGAGUCUGUAACCUGAAGCGUAUGUAACCUGAGGUACCACUGUAAUGUGUGUGUUGUCUACAUGAAAUCUGUUAAAUGAAACUGAAUACAGCCUCCUGAUUCUAUCAGAUUUCAGUUUAAAAACAAAAGCAGUACACAAGUUUCUAGUCCUUAUAGAUCUGAAGGAGAAAAUAAACUAAAAAAAAAAAAAGUUUCUCAAGGGAGUGUAUCAUUUAUCUGGGUUUGAUAGAAACUUGUAACACACCAAAUCCCUCUCCUCAAGAUUCCUUGUCUAUUAUUAUUAUUUUGAGAAAACAACAACUACAGAAUUGAUUUGUUUACAGCGGAACAUACACUACAGCUGGAGUGGGGAACCUGCGGCCCAUCUGACCAUUGCCAUACCUUCCAACAUUUCUCUGAUGAAAAUAGGGAAGUCCCAUUCCGUAAUGAUAAUUUUACUAUUUAUACCCCACACAUUUUACUGGGUUCUCCCAGCCACUCUGGACAGCUUCUAACAUAUAUUAAAACAUUAAACUUUUUUUAAAAAAAACUUCCCUAUACAGGAUUGCCUUCAGAUGGCUCGAGGGUCGGAUAACUCCAUAUCCACCACCAUUUCCGCAAUGAAAAUAGGGACAUCCUAAGGAAAAGUGGGACAUUCCGGGAUCAAAUCAGAAACCGGACCGGGUUCUCUAAAUCAGGGAAGUCCCUGGAAAAUAGGGACACUUUGAGGGUCUGCAUUCAGUGGCAGAGCAUAUGCCCGCGUUGCCGAGGGCGGGCGCACUCCCGAGGGGCGCGGAGGGUGCCCUCCCACGUGCCACAGUUCAGCGUAGGUGUCAGCUGUGCAUGCAGGAGCCAGGCCCUGUGACCAAUAGGACUUUGCAGGUGUUGUAAAUAAAAAUAUGCCCUUUUGCCUUAUGGGGUAUCCAAGAGCCCAUAUAGAGUCCUUACAUAGGUUCCCUAUUGGUAGGAGAGAAUAACAGAGGCCAACCAGAGAAUAUUGAGAAGCAAAGCAGCUAGUAAGCUUGAUCUUUAUUGAUCUGUUGCAACAGGGUCCUCCCCUCACUCGCAGGAAAGGCGGAGGACCCCCAAAAAUGCUGUGCAAGGGCUUAUAAAGACUUUUGAAAUUCCCAUCCUCUAGAUCAAGACCACCCCCAGAAAAAUGGACUGGGGCCUUCCUAAGUUUGUUCUGAAGAGGCAAGGCGUGGCCUCACAGGUGAGGCCGAUUGGUAACUCACAGCAUCUGGUGGCAAGAGCCAGGAAGGGAUAUAAGGUCAGCGUUUCCCUUCAGCUCUCUGCCACAGCAACACGCUUCUUGCCUUGCUGUGUUUGGCUUCUUGCUUCCUGAUCCUUGAACCUCAGCUUCUUGACUCCCUGCUUCUUGAUCCUCAGACCCUUGACUUUGUGGCUCCUUGAUCCUCGGGCCCUUGACUUUGUGACUCCUUGCUUCUUGAUCCUCGGACCCAGAGAAAACACUUGGUCAGUUGGGGACAGUUUGGGAAUCAAAAUAGUUUCAGGUCAGCCUUCCUGUGCUGAUCUAUGUACGUGCUUGGUUGGUACACUUAUGAACACUACCAUAUAUCUAAGACCUCAAGAUUCCUAUCACAGCAGCCAGUCUGGGCCAGUGCACUGUGAUAUGAGCACACAUACACACAUGCCUGGUGCGGGGUGCUGGGGUGCCAACUUGAAUAAAAUAUUGUGGGGGCCCAGGUAAUCCCCGCCCUGUGUAAUCGAUCACAUGAUGCAGUGCACACACACCAUUUGAAUGGGAAUGCCCAUCAACUUUGUGGGGGCCUGGUCCCCUCAAAUAUUUUAUUGUGGGGGCCAAAGCUCCCACAGGAGUUGAUCCCUAUCCAGCAGGGCUGGAUUUAGGUCUGAUGAGGCCCUAAGCUACUGAAGGCAAUGGGACUCUUUAUAUGUCCAGCUGUCCUUUGUCAACAACAAAUUGUCGCUGUUUUUGUGUUAAAUAUAUGCUAUAUGGUAAUUUAUGGAUCUAUUAUGUAUCAAAAGCCAUUUGCACAUAACAGUUCAUGCAGAAUUUAGGCCCCCUAUAUAUAGAAAUGAGCAAACCAGUGAUAUUUCAGGGAGCAGGCUAGCAGGUGGGACCCAUUACUUACAUCAUAGGAGCCUGCACAACACAAAACACUGCUGCUGCAUGUAGCUUUUAUUUUAUUUGUUUUUUAUCUUAUAUUUUGGAAAUGUACAUCCAUGUUUUUUGCCCUUUAAAUUUCUGGGGGGCCCUCAAGAGAGUGGGGCCCUAAGCUACAGCUUGUUUAGCUUAUAAACAAAUCCGGCAGCGGGGUGGUAAGAUUGUUAUAUAAGGCAGAGAAACUUCAAUCUAUAACAGCAAUGCUUAUUAUUAAAUAAUUAUACAACAGGAAAAAUAUAAACGUGAAAUAAAAAAUUAUUAUUUUGCAAGAAGCGGGGGCAGGAGAGGAAAAGCGGGGAUGGAGAAAAAACAGCAGAAGCAGCUGCUCCCUCCUUUCCUGAAAGCAUCCGCGAGGCGCCACUAGGGGGCGGAAGAGAGAGGGGGGAAAAAAACAACCUGUACCGACGCUCUAGUCCUUUCGCCGGCGGCCGGCUUGCUUUGCCCUCGCUUCCGGUUUGGUGCUUCCGGUUGGGCUCAGGCUUUGUGGAAGAAGGAGGAUCAAUCGGUGAGAGCCGGAUGGGGGGAGGGGGGGCGCGUGACCGUCGGUAAACGGCUUCCCUCUUUCUUCCCUUCUGUUCUCUGAGGGUGGGGAUACCUGUGCUAAUACCCCCCUCCCUCUCCAAAUCGGAGCCGGAGGCGGGGAGGGCGAGGAGAAUUCGGGGUGGGGGUGGCUUUUAGCUCCGGGAGGUAUUCUUUCUCUCAGCCUCUUGGUACUUGUGGCGGCUGUUGCAGGUGAGAGCCCCUCUGAGCAUGUGCAGACAUCUUCCCAAGGGCCUCUAAGCAUUAUUCUCUUAUAGUGAACAAGAAUAGGGAGGGAAGAGGGUCAUUUCAGUAGUACCUUGGGUUACAGACGCUUCAGGUUAAAGACGCUUCAGGUUACAGACUCCGCUAACCCAGAAAUAGCACCUCAGGUUAAGAACUUUGCUUCAGGAUGAGAACAGAAAUCGUGCAGCGGCAGCAGCGGGAGGCCCCAUUAGUUAAAGUGGUGUCUCAGGUUAAGAACAGUUUCAGGUUUAGAACGGACCUCCAGAACGAAUUAAGUUCUUAACCCGAGGUACCACUGUAUUAUUGUUGUCAAUUGCCGUUAUUUAAUGUAUAUAAGGGACGCGGGUGGCGCUGUGGGUUAAACCACAGAGCCUAGGACUUGCCGAUCAGAAGGUCGGCGGUUCGAAUCCCCGCGAUGGGGUGAGCUCCCAUUGCUCGGUCCCUGCUCCUGCCAACCUAGCAGUUCGAAAGCACGUCAAAGGGCAAGUAGAUAAAUAGGUAUCGCUCCAGCGGGAAGGUAAACGGCGUUUCCGUGCGCUGCUCUGGUUCGCCAGAAGCGGCUUAGUCAUGCUGGCCACAUGACCCGGAAGCUGUACACCGACUCCCUCGGCCAGUCAAGCGAGAUGAGCGCCGCAACCCCAGAGUUGGUCACGACUGGACCUAAUGUUCAGGGGUCCCUUUACCUUUACCUAUCCCGCUUUUCUCCCUAGCUGUGGGGGUUCAAGUCGGCUAACUUUUUUUUUUUAAAACUUAUUAUGAAAUAGAAACUAAUUGUGUUUUAAAAGUUGCCAUUGUGGUUGAAAGGUAAUGAGGCCUAGGACCGCUCUUGACCUCCGGGUUUUGUUUUAUUGAUCAAAUUUCUUUAUCGUCCUCCCUUCCUCCUAAAGGAGCCCAAAGAGUUAAGCGCAACAUAGGGUGCUUAUUGUAUACAAAAAAAAAAGAGCUUUGAAUUUCGUACAUGUAGCGACUGGGAUAAAAAGCCCCACUUUAGAUGGCUUGUUGGAUGAGGAAAGUCUUCAGUAGGUGCCAAAAAGAAAACAAGGGAGGCAUCAGGGGUGGGAAUUCGAAAGGGUAGGGACCACCAUGCUGAAGACCCGGUUCCUAUAUUAUAUGGUGUUGAUCUCCUGUUACGAUGUUCUAUGCAGAAUGACCUUUCCUGCAGUCACCUCUCUUUCAGCAUAUUUUUUAUGUCCAGCGGUAAAUCUGAAUGGUUCUGGGUGAUUUAAAAUAAUAAAGGAAUCGUCCUUCGGUAGUCACAGGCACACUUUCCACAUUGCCUUGGAGAAUGAUUGGUAUGAAAGUAGAUUUUACUUGAGUCUGUGUGAGAUUAACUGAUCCCCCUGCCCCCUUUUCAUGGGUUUUCAGAUUCUCAUGUUUUAAGAAAAUGUCGUCAGACUCCAGUAAGAAACGGAAGCCGAAGGUCAUCCGGACAGAUGGAGGCCCAUCGGAAGGCAAGAGGGGCCGGCCAGACACUGAUCAGGUAGUUUCAUUGUAACAGAGGUACUUGUGGGCUUCUUAGAUGCUGUUUGGAAAAGCAGGGCGGUUUGGAGGUAUGUCUGUAAAAGAUGCUCUAGACUAGCCCUUGGGGUUACUGUAUUUUAACUGCCAGGUUUUGACUAGUAACUGAUUAUGUCCUGGUGAACUCAAAGUGUGGCCAUUUACUGUAAAGUGUGUCAGGAAUAAAAGGGGGAGGGAGUCUCAGAGCAAGCCUGCCUAAUUUGUGACCCACAGAGCCUUAACACAGCCCACCAACCACGCAUAGGAAUCUGGCCGGGGUUCAGUCAAGCCCCCUGGUUUUGCUGCCUGCCAAAAUGGGCAGAUGUUUCCAGACGUAGAGAAUUAUAUCUUCACCAAAUUCCAUUCUCGGAGUGUAGCAGGCUUGUGUGCUGCAGGUUUUUUGGGCAUAAUUUAACAUUUUUUACUGCUUCAAAAUUAAUAUAACUCCCAAGUACCAUCUGAAGGAGCCUUUUAGCGACUGGGAUGCUGUGAUGCCUCUACUGUAGCGCUACCUCUCCUGUCUUUGAAAACAGAUUCUCAGAAAUGCUUAGCCAGUGUUCUCACCUGGAGCUUUCCCUCUUAAGCUGUGGAAGGCUGUACUCGAACUUAAACUUACGGUACUUUCUCCUUGAGCUUUAAUGCGGCAUGGUCUCAGAAACAAGAUUAUAUAUAUUUUUUAAGAUAAUAUUUAUUAAAAUUUCACAAGAAAAAAACCACAUUAAUAAAAAAAAAUAUAACAAUAAAAAGAAAAAAUACAAAGUAAAAAAGGAAAAAACAAUUAAAAACAAUUUCAUCUUUUCCUCACUUCUUUUACAUUUACUUGUUUCUCGGACCUCCUCUUACCCCCCUCUUUUGUAUUCUAAUUAAAUAUGUUAAUCCAACAAUUCCUUUCCCUCCUUUUUAAUCCUAAUCUUUAAUCUUGAUAUAAUAUAACUUUAAAUUUUAGAUUUUACAUAUUAAAACCAAUUUUUCCAUAUUCUUUUAGCCUGUACAGCUAGAAACCCCUUAACUUCAAUCCAACAUCAUUCUAACAUUCAUUAAUUUUGCAAUAUUUCUGUAAAUAGUCUUUGAAUUUCUUCCAAUCUUCUUCCACCGACUCUUCUCCCUGGUCACGGAUUCUGCCAGUCAUUUCCGCCAAUUCCAUGUAUUCCAUCAUUUUCAUCUGCCAUUCCUCCAGUGUGGGUAGAUCUUGUGUCUUCCAAUACUUUGCAAUGAGUAUUCUUGCUGCUGUUGUAGCAUACAUAAAGAAAGUUCUGUCCUUUUUAACACCGAUUGGCCGACUAUGCCCAGGAGAAAGGCCUCUGGUUUCUUCAAGAAGGUAUAUUUAAAUACCUUUUUAGUUCAUUAUAUAUCAUCUCCCAGAAAGCCUUAAUCUUUGGGCACGUCCACCAAAGGUGAAAAAAUGUACCUUCAGUUUCUUUACAUUUCCAACAUUUAUUAUCAGGCAAAUGGUAGAUUUUUGCAAGCUUGACUGGGGUUAUGUACCACCUGUAUAUCAUUUUCAUAAUAUUUUCUCUUAAGGCAUUACAUGCCGUAAAUUUCAUACCUGUGGUCCACAACUGUUCCCAGUCAGCAAACAUAAUAUUAUGUCCAACGUCUUGUGCCCAUUUAAUCAUAGCAGAUUUCACCGUUUCAUCCUGAGUGUUCCAUUUCAACAGCAAGUUAUACAUCUUUGACAAAAUUUUAGUUUUGGGUUCUAACAAUUCAUUUUCUAAUUUUGAUUUUUCCACCUGGAAGCCGAUUUUCUUAUCCAAAUUGUAUGCCUCCAUUAUCUGAUAAUAAUGAAGCCAGUCUCGCACUUUGUUUUUUAGUUUUUCAAAACUCUGCAAUUUCAAUCUGUCUCCAUCUUGUUCCAAAAUUUCCCAAUAUUUCGGCCAAUUGACCUCCAUAUUGAGCUUUUUCAAGGCUUUCGCUUCCAUCGGUGACAGCCAUGGUCUCAGAAACAAGAUAAACUGGAAGGGUGAUGAUGGAGUUUGCAGUGCCAGGAUCAUUUUUGCCUACCUUUAUAUUCUGCUUUCAGGAGUGACAGAGAUGCUACAGAGAGCCCUUUGUAUAAUAUGCCAUCCCUUCCCUUCUGAAGAGAAGAGAACUUCCAAGAGUCUAGCUUCCCUCUCUGUUUCCAUUUGCAGGAUGCCAAAUAUUACAGCGAAGAGGCUGAGAUGGACCUGCGGGACCCCAACAAAGAUUACGAACUUUACAAAGAGACCUGCCAGGACCUCCAGAGGCUUAUGGCGGAAAUCCAGGAGCUGAAGAGCAAAGGCAACAAAGACAGUGUAAGACAGGGGUGGGAAACCAUAUGUGCCCCCCCUGACCUAUCUGUGUGGCCCUUAGACUCUCCCCAACCACGCACACACUCUACUAGCCUUGCUUUGGGUGUUUUUGCCUGGCUGGGAUGUCUCCUUCAACUCUGAAAUUGACUUUUGCGUGCCCGCAUGGCAGGUAGAGGGAGGAGUGUGUGGGUGUGAGCAGAAAAAAGCUUAAUGUACAAGGGUAAAACUACAUUAGCCACCCCACUCACAUUUGCCUGUAACCCUGCCAACUAUGGGCAUGUGGCCCCGGGAAGGGAAUCCAACCCUCUGGCUAAAAAAAUAUUUUCCCACCCCUGUCAAGGCAUCCUAAUGUGACCGGGGGCUUGGGGGGGUAGAUAAACCCUAGCAAAAUUUAGAUAUUUGAAAGAGGAAAGGAUAAGCCUGGCAGAUUUAGGGGGCAAGGGAGUUAGGUACACAAUUGGGUCCUGGGCUGUGGUCUGAAGGCACAUGAGACUCCCACCUUGCUGAAGCUAGGCAGGUUUGGGGCAGUGCCUAGAUGGAUGAAGACUGAGAAACCUCACAGAAACCGCCUUGGGUUCUAUGAUGGUGUAAGGAAGGCGGGAUAUAAAGGUAAGAAAAUUAAGGACCGUCCUAAUCGGCUUCCUCUUUUUCCCCUCUCUCUGCCUUUCAGGCUUCCGAGAUUGAGGAGCGUCGCAUCCAGAGCUGUGUCCACUUCAUGACCCUGAAGAAACUCAACCGUUUGGCUCACAUCCGGUUAAAGAAGGGAAGGGAUCAAACCCACGAGGUACGGUUGAGUCCAGAGAACCAGGGAAGGGUUACAGGAUCUUGGAUGGUCAGAUCAUUAGGUGCAGCAGCACCGAAGCUUGCUCCACAAGCUUCUUGAAACCCUCCCCCUCAUUGGACCCGUACUCUCAUACAAGGCAGUUCUAGGGAAGAUUUUUCAGACCCACCUUAUUUUUGUGAUUGUUAGUUGUUUUAAACUGGUUUGAAUAUUGUGUUUUAAUGUUGCAAACCACUCUUGGACCUGAGGGUGAAUGGCGGGGAAUUAAUAAUAAUAAUAAUAAUAAUAAUAAUUGUAAUAGAGCCUAUAUGUUACAAGAUAGUAAGCCCAACCCUUUCAUUCCUACUUGUGUGUUGGGCUGAAUAUUCAAAUCCAAGUGAGGGGGACAUAGAUAGGAGAAUACCCGUUAUUUUGGACUGAUGGAGCUAACAUAUUUUCUUUAAAAAGAAGUGAGAUUGUACUGGUAUUGAUACGCAGCACUGUUUUCCGACAGCAUGGCUUUCUGUGUUAUCUUAAAACACACUUCCCCAUGGGGUAAAACGAAAUUUGUUGUUUUGUAUGCUUUCAUAGGGACAUGGGUGGCGCUGUGGGUUAAACCACAGAGCCUAGGACUUGCCGAUCAGAAGGUUGGCAGUUCGAAUCGUCACGAUGGGGUGAGCUCCCGUUGCUCGGUCCCUGCUCCUGCCAACCUAGCAGUUCGAAAGCAUGUCAAAGUGCAAGUAGAUAAAUAGGUACCGCUCGGGUGGGAAGGUAAAUGGCGUUUCCGUCCGCUGCUCUGGUUUGCCAGAAGCGGCAUAGUCAUGCUGGCCACAUGACCUGGAAGCUGUACGCCGGCUCCCUCGGCCAAUAAAGCGAGAUGAGCGCCGCAACCCCAGAGUUGGUCACGACUGGACCUAAUGGUCAGGGGUCCCUUUACCUUUACCUUUACCUUUAUACUUUGCAUAUGUAAAUCAGGGGUGGGGGACAUCAGACUCGGGGCCAAAUGUAGCCCUUCAGGACUCUCCCCAGGCCACGUACCCUCCUGAGCUUUGCCUCUCCCAGACCUUACUUCCCUCCCCUGAGUGAUGGGAUGGAAUGUGUCCUCAAGCUCUGAUCAUGCCUCUUGUAUGCCUGGAUGGAGGACAGAGAAAGGUGUGUUGAGUAUGUGUGUAGAAACCAGCCUACUAUACAAAAUAAAAUUUCAUUUGUUGCUUCGCCCAUCUUUGCCUCUGACGCUGCCCACCACUGGCAGGUGGCCUCUGGAAGGUUGCCCACAUGAGCAUAUGGAUCUCAGUUCAGUUUCACUAACUUGCCACUUUUUUGAGACUGCAUCAUCAGCCGUGUGUCUCAGCCGCACCAACUUGAUUUUUCACUGCCCUGCCUUGUAAUGAUUUUUCUCUGUGCUCUGUUAACAGGCAAAGCAGAAAGUGGAUGCUUAUCACCUGCAGCUCCAAAAUCUGCUGUACGAAGUCAUGCACCUGCAGAAGGAGAUCACAAAAUGCCUGGAAUUUAAGUAAGCAGCUUAAAAAAUAGGUUGUUACUGGAGGGUAGAGAGGCCCCCAAAAGUUAGCCAGUAGACUAAUGAGGCUUCACACCUUUUGCCAAUUUUGUUUUGUUAGUACUUUUUUUCACCUCAAGUGCUGUUGGCCAUCCUUUUUGUCAAAGAUGCAGCCUCCAAGUUCUUCCAGCAUCUCAUUAUUACAAGCCUGGCCACUUGCAAAAAACAAACAAAAACUUUUUAGAAAUUUGAACUGUAAGUUAGCCUUAUCUAGUUGGUCUGCACAACUUUGAUAAGCCCAUUCCAAGGCCCAACUUGAGAGCUGUCACUGAACUGCAGCUAGCUCAGUCUUGCGGUCCUUGGGCUACAUGUGACCUUGGAUACAGAGGAAGAUCCCUCCCCCCCCCUUAUUUAUCUUUCUCUUGGUCCCCUUCCUUCAGGUCCAAGCAUGAGGAGAUUGAGCUGGUGAGCGUGGAGGAGUUUUACAAGGAGGCCCCUGCAGAAAUCAGCAAGCCGGAGAUUACGCUCGCCGAUCCCCACCAGCAGACGCUCUCCCGCCUCGACUGGGAGCUGGAGCAGCGCAAGCGGUGAGUAGGAUAGCCCAGCAGCUGCUAGGUGGCUUUGAGCAAGCUUACGGUUCUCCUCCCUUUCCUUCACUCUGCAGUAUCGGUCCUUCUAAUAGUGAACUCAGGUAGUGAGAGCCAACAGGGAUUGCAGCCCAAACGGGGCUAAUGAAAGCAAGAAGCAAAUAUUAUUAUUAUUAUUAUUAUUUAUUUGUUUAUACCCCGCCCAUCUGGCUGUCACUCUGGGUGGCUCACAGCAGAAUAAUAACAAUAAUAAUAAAGUGAUAAAACACCAAACAUUAAAAACUUCCCUAAACAGGGCUGCCUUCAGAUGUCUUCUAAAAGUCAGAUAAUUGUUUCUUUCCUUGACAUCUGAUGGGAGGGCGUUCCACAGGGCUUUCCACCACUACCAAGAAGGCUCUCUGCCUGGUUCCCUGUAACCUCACUUCUCGGAGGGAGGGAACAGCCAGAAGGCCCUUGGAGCUGGACCUCAGUGUCCGGGCUGAACAAUGGGGUGGAGAUGCUUCUUCAGGUAUACUGGGAUGAGGCCAUUUAGGACUUUAAAGGUCAGCACCAACACUUUGAAUUGUGCUCGGAAAUGUACUGGGAGCCAGUGAAGAUCCUUUAGGACCAGUGUUAUAUGGUCUCGGCAGCCGCUCCCGGUCACCAGUCUAGCUGCUGUAUUCUGGAUUAGUUGUAGUUUCCGGGUCACCUUCAAAGGUAGCCCCACGUAGAGCACAUUGCAGUAGUCCAAGCAGGAGCUAACCAGAGCAUGCACCACUCUGGCAAGAUAGUCUGCGAUGUUGGCAUGCUUGCAGGGGCAGGGGACCCUGCAUUUUAAAGACUGCCAGAAAAUGAACAGACCUGGGAAUCUAGAAGUGUGGUCCCACAGUGUUCCAAGUUUAUAAAUAUUAUGAGAGGAGGACUUGAGGAAGAAGGGCUGAAAUGUCAGUGGUAGAGCUUCUGCUCUGCAUGCAGAUGAUCAUCGGGUCAGUUCCCCAGCAUCUCCAGGUAGGGCUGUGAGAGCCGUUUGCAUUAAACCCUGGAGCGCCCCCUGCCAGAUGGACAAAUUCAGCAUCUUCUGAUAGAGCAAGCACCCUGAAUGCAGAAGGCCCCAGGUUCUGUCCUCCAGGUAGAGAUCCCAUCCUGAAAUUCUGGAAAGCCACUGCCAGUCAGUGUAGACAAUACUGAACUAGAUGGACCAUUGAUCUGAGUCACUAUAAGGCAGCUUCCUGUGUUCUCAGACUUUGUGUGUGUCCCCUUUCUCCCUCCUCUACUUUCUCUGGAAACACUGUCGCUUGUUAGUAACUGUGAAUCUCUUACGUGCAGGCUGGCAGAGAAGUACAAAGAAAGUCUGGCAAACAAAGAGAAGAUCCUGAAAGAGAUAGAAGUGAAGAAGGAGUACCUCAGUAACCUCCAGCCUCGGCUCAACAGCAUCAUGCAGGUAUGCUGUGGGUCAGGCUUUUAAAAAGAAUUGCUUUAGGAGUUCUCAGCAGGAGGUUAAGAAACCCGCAUACCCUGUUGGUGUGGCAUGGGAGAUGGCCUUCGAUACAGAACCAAAUCAUUGAUUACAGAGCUGGUGCGGGAUGUCGCUGGACUACAUCUCCCAUCAUUCUCAACUAUUGGCCAUGCUUGGCUGGGGGUUUGGAGUCCUGCAGCUUCUGGAGGGCCACAGAUUCCCAUCCCUGCUUCAGAGAAAGAAAACCUGAAUAUAUAUGAGUGGUUUUACGUAAGAACAGAUUCUGGGUAGGACUUUUAUCACAAGCCCCACUGACUUUGUCAGAGACCGUUGCCUUUCCUUCUCUUUCAGUGUGCUGGUUAUUUUACUACUACAGUGGUACCUCAGGUUAAGUACUUAAUUCGUUCCGGAGGUCCGUUCUUAACCUGAAACUGUUCUUAACCUGAAGCACCACUUUAGCUAAUGGGGCCUCCUGCUGCCGCCGCGCCGCCGCUGCACAAUUUCUGUUCUCACCCUGAAGCAAAGUUCUUAGCCCGAGGUACCUAUUUCUGUGUUAGCAGAGUCUGUAACCUGAAGCAUAUGUAACCCGAGGUACCACUGUACUGCAAUUACUAUUAUUAUUUAUAACAGGGUUGGCUAAGCUGCAGGCCUCCCGAGGUUGUUGGAGCCACCAGACGUUUCACAUACCAGUGGUGGGUGGGGCUAAAGCAAAAAUGGGUGGGGCAACAUGUGUAUUUUCCUCCCCUUUGUACAGAAGGUCAGUUUCUGCACAUUCUCACCCACAUCCCGCUCUGUCCUCCAUCCAGGCAAAAAAGAGGCGUGAUCAGAGUUCAAGGACACAGCCCAGCCAGGCCAAAAAUACUUGAGGAGGGUUCAAGACAAGGGCCUGUGAGGGGUGCGGACUGGGGAAGAGUCCCAAGGCCCAGAUAGAGUCCUGGAGGAAGGGCGCCCUGAACCUGCAGUUCCCCACUCCUAGGAUAAAAGAACUAGAGCAGCUUCAAGAGGUGUCAGGGGCUACAUCAAAUGAGACAGGGGGCCACAUGCGGCCCCUGGGUGACAGGUUCCUGCCCUCUGUGCAUCAAAACAUAACAUACCUAAUAAUGAAAGGGCACGUACUGACAACAUAGCAUAAUAAAAGCAGCGUCUUUGGGGGCAUUUUGGUGCCAACCUAUUCUCAUGGGUCACUACCCAAACCACAGAAUUAUAACCCCCAUUUUUUCCCCUGUCGGUCCUCUUUCCUAUCAGGCUUCGCUCCCUGUCCAGGAGUACCUUUCCAUGCCUUUUGACCAGGUUCACAAGCAGUAUGAGACAGCCAGGCAUCUCCCGCCACCCCUUUAUGUGCUCUUUGUCCAAGCCAGUGCCUACGGCCAAGCCUGUGGUAAGUUAUUAUUUCAAGGUAGCUGAGCUUUGAAGGGGAGCAGAGGUGUCAAAUUUCACAGCUCCAUGCAGAAAGCAUGACAUUAUCUGAAGACUGUCACAUGGUGUGUUCCCCGCCCCCACCCUUAAUCUGAUCCCUGGCUCCCCUGAGUCUGCAGGGUUGGGGAGAGAGAGCAGAGCUGCCCAAAACCUGAUGAAGCUUCUGCAUUUGACAACCUUGUUGCUUCUGAGCUUUACAGAGUUUGUGGGAGUCAUCUUUGGGGAGGUGUGGCUAACAGCGUCAUCUCCUUCACAGACAAGAAGCUGGCUGUGGCUAUCGAAGGCAACGUGGAGGAAGCCAAAGCGCUCUGCAAACCUCCAGAGGACUCUCAGGGUGAGUGAGGGUCCAUAAGCUGCCUUCACUUGCUGUGAAUGGCUCUUCAGUUGAGCAUGUCCUUUGCUUCCAUAAGGUUCCAGGUUCAGGAGCUCCAGCGAAAGGAUUCCCACCUACCUGGGCUGGGAAAUGUCCUGGAGAGCAGCAGCCAGUUGGCAUAGACCAGCCAUCUUUGGCUUGGCACACUCCAGGACUACAACUCCUGGCGUCUCUUCCCAUUUGCCAUGCUGGCUAGGUCUGACAGAAGUUGUUCUGCCCCAGACUGGUGCCCUCUGAAAGUUGCUAGCCUGCAACUCCCAUCAACCCGCGCGAGCAUCGCCCAAGGAUCAAGGCUGACGGGGAGUCAUAGUCUGACAAGGGCUGCAAAAUACGGGUGGCCCACUGGCAGCUUGCAUGUUAAAACUGAGCUCAAAGCUAACCAAAACUGUUAAACUUGUAAAGAGGAAAUUGGGAGAUUCUGUCCUGCAGUGUUAACGUGUCUGUGCUGGAUGUUGUAUGGGUUGCCCUGGCUGCAGUUGGAUAAACAUGCUCCAUAACUGGGGAGGCAUUGCUGCUUUGUUGUUGGAGCGUAAGAGAAGCCCUGGUUCUGGUCGAAGGCCCACCUAGUCCAACAUCCUGUCUUCACAGUAGCCAAACAGCUGCCCCAGCGCAAAGCCCACAAAGUGGACCUAUGUGCAGCAAUGGGUAUUUAAAGGCAUACUUCCUCUGCUGGCAGAGGUGACAUAUAGCCAUCAUGGUUUGUGGUCGUAGACAGCCUCUUUCUCCGUGCAUUUAUUAUUCUUAUUAAAUUUCUAUAUCACCCUUCGUCUGAAGGUCAUGGUGGUUUACAAUAUAAAAAAGCACAAAAAUGCAUGCUAUAAUAACAAACAAAGGACACAGAUUGUUUGAUCAGCCAAAGGCCUGGGAGAAGAGGAAUGUUUUGCCUGGCACCUAAAGAUAUGUAACAAAAGGGCCAGGCAAGCCUCCCUGGGGAGAGCAUUCUAUAAGAUGAGAGCCACCACAGAAAAGGCCCAUUCUCAUGUGCUGCCCUCUGGGCCUCUUGUGGAGGAGGCACACGAAGGAGGACCUCGGGUGAUGAUUGCAGGGUCUGUGUUGGUUCAUAUGGAGAGAGGCGGUCCUUUCCUUUAAAGCCAUCCAAGUUGGCUGCCAUCACUAAAGGAUCUGUUGCACUUGUGUCCUACUUGUUCGCUUUCCACAGGCAUCUGGUUGGGCACUGUGAGAACAGAAUGCUAGGUUAAAUAGGUCUUUGCCCUGAUGCAGCCAGGCUCUUAGCAUUCAUUUAUUUGGAUUCACAGAUGAUGAGAGUGACUCGGAUGCCGAGGAGGAGCAGACCACGGUAAGAGCUCCACCUUCCCACUGCGCUAUGAAAUUGCAGGGAGGGGAGGGAUGUUGUGGGGAGAUGUCUCCUCCUGCCUUGAAACCGGUAUUCCGUGUGCCAUUAGACCUGUUCUUUCACGUCUAAUGUUCCUUGUCAUUCACCCGCCCCUCCCCCAUUAAAUAUAAUAAGUGAUGGGCCUUUCUUGUGUGCCAUUUCCAUGUAACGAAGUGAGGAGAAACAAACAUACUGGGACUUGGUGAUGCACUUACCAACAGACCAUCUCCUUCGGUCAUCUGCAUUGUCAUUUCCUUUUGGCUCUCCCUGUCCCUCACUUGGCCUCUCCAGGUAAGGCUGGGGAAAGACUCCCUGACUGAAAACCUGGAGAACCACUGAUAAUAGUGGUGGAGCAUGUGACUUGCAUACAGAAGGUCGCUAGUUCAGUUCCCGGAAUCUCCAGGUAGGGGUGUGAGAGAGCCCUACCUAAAACCGCAGACAACCACUGCCAGUCCAUGUAGGUGAUAAUGAGCUAGAUCAGGGGUCAGCAACCUUUUUCAGCUGUGGGCCGGUCCACUGUCCCUCAGACCAUGUGGUGGGCCGGACUGUAUUUUUUGGGGGGAAAUGAACGAAUUCCUAUGCCCCACGAAUAACCCAGAGAUACAUUUUAAAUAAAAGGACACAUUCUAUUCAUGUAAAAACACGCUGAUUCCCAGACCAUCCACGAGCCGGAUUGGGAAGGCGAUUGGGCCACAUCCGGCCCCCGGGCCUUAAGUUGCCUACUCCUGAGCUAGAUGGAGCCAAUGGUCUGACUCUGUAUGAAGCAACCUCCUUUGUUCCUCGUAAGCACUUCCUUUCCUCUAUGGUGUUGGAUUUAGAAUUUUGAGACAGGGCUUAUUCAGAAUGGGGCAACAGCCCCUUCAAAAGGAAAAUGGAAAGAUUGGGGUGUACCAAUGACCACCCUAGUGGUGGUGGUGGGUGGGUGGCUGCGCUUGUCCCUCCCUGCUGCCCAUCUCACGCUUGCACCUCAAAGCACAUGGGCAGGACAGGUAACAACAGGCCAGGGUGCAACAGGUGUGGUGCAAAGCCACAGCAAACAAAGUGCAGGGAAAGUGCGUUGAAAGAGUGGAGGCAGGAAUGUGUUGUGAUUCUCCCUUCCCCACUCUAGAAGCGUCGCCGCCCAACCUUAGGAGUGCAGCUGGAUGACAAGCGGAAGGAAAUGCUCAAGAGGCACCCACUGUCCGUCACUGUCGACCUGAAAUGCAAAGGUACGUGAGAAAGCAAAGCGGCUCAUCUGUUGGUGCCCCUAAACUGGGGAUCUUUCCCUUCUCUGGAAGUUAGGGAUGCAUGAAUAUUUCAAUUUCCAUAUCAGUUAGUUGUUCAUUUUUCCGGUCUUAGGGUGGUCCCCGACAUCUCCUCAGCAGCUUGCGAUUUUUUGAUCACACACAACACACUUUCACCAAACAAUUGUAAUUGUUUUCCUGCCCCUUUCUCCUAAUAUUCAAGCAACUUUGCCUUAGAGGAAGUUUUGCAUGUUACUUUCACUAAAACAUGGCUUUUUAAUUCACGCUUUCCUCCCAUGCAUUUUUGUACACAUUUCUUUGGCUGGAGAACGGCAAGCAAGAAGCGUUAUCUGAGUUCAAGGACAUAUUUACAGCCAGGCGAAAGAGCGCUCGAGGAGGGUAUGAAGUAGGGCCAGGGAGGGGCCUUGCCUGUGGAGAAGGGGUGUGGCUUAGGAGAGGGAGAACCCCGAGGGCCAGACAGGUAGAGAGUCCUGGUGGGCCAUAUUCAGCCCACAAGCCUGAGGUUCUCCAUGUAUUAUAGCUAGUGAGUUCCAACAGGUAAGGGAGCAGUUCACUGACCCCCAUCCUCUCACAGUGGUUUAAACACAACUGGAAGUCGUUGCUCUCUCCUGCCUAAACCCCUGGCAUUGGCUGUGUCAUUGCAGAUGGCAGCCUCCUCCUCCUCACCUUCUACUAUCUGAUGAACCUCAACGUCAUGACGACGAAAGCCAAAGUGACGGCAGCUGCGGAGAUGUCCAUGCCCAUCAGUGCCGGGUGAGCUUUGCGGGGGGUGGCGAGGGGACAGGCUGUCGCUGAUGGAUCCCAGGUGCCGAAGGUGGGUUCAGCUGGGAAAUUAUUUCAUGGGGUGUUGGCAAGCAAACCUGCUGUUGUGGCUGCUGGCAGAAUUCUACUUUGCCCAGUGGGUUGUUGUUUUUUAACCCCCGAAGAAAAAGCAGAGAUUCCAGUGCAGUCUUUCUGAGAUGUGGAAAGUUUGUGAGUGUUUUCUGUAUACCCUUUUCCUGCAGCACCUGCCAAAGAGGUACCUCAUUUAGGGAUUUGAGAAACAAUGUUAACCUGACUUAGGUUGCUGGUCCAUCUUUAUCAGGGGUGGGCAGACAGUCGGCAAUUUGGAUCUACUAGAACCCCAAGAUCUGCCAACCAGAGCCAGGUAGAAAAGGUGGCUGUGUUCUCCCUUCACUGUUGGGGGCAGUAUGCUGGGGAUCACUACACAGCUCCUACCUGCGGGGUUCCCAGAAGAGGCAUCUGGUUGGCCACUGUGAGAACAGGAGCCCCUUUGGCCUGAUCAAGCAGCCAGUCACUUCCUGUGUUCUUUGCAGGACAGAGAACUUCUGAGCCAUGAGUUUUCCUCAUGACAACUGAACUAAGCCAACACAAAGGAAGACUUGCAAAGCCUUUGCAAAUCUCUCCCUCACUUUACUUUUAAGUCCCCAGACCUUAAAGGGAGGGAGGGACAAAAGCUUUUGCAAGUCUCUUUCCCCUUCCCUUCUCCUUUUUUUUACACACACACACACACAAACUUCCCCUUCCAGAUUGGGCCGAAACUAUGGAACUCACUGCUACAGGAGACAGCGAUGACCACCAGCCUAGAUGUCUUUAAAACAGGAUAAGGUAAAUUCAUGGAGGAGAGGACUAUCCAUGGCAACCAACCACAUUGGCCGUGUUCUGCCUCCUCCCUUGAAGGCAUAAUUGCUUCUGAACACCAGCUGUUGGAAACCACAGGAAGGGAGAGUGCUCUUGUUCUUCAAAUCCUGUUUGCAGGUUUCCCACACGUAUCUGGUGGGCCACUGUGAGAACAUCAGACUCUUAUGUACUUAUGGGAUUUUGACAUGGUGUGGGCUGCGCCCACCUGUCACAUUUGGCCCCGUGUGGCAGAUACGGCUUUGGCCUGUGGAGCGAAAAGGGUUCUGCACCCCUGCUCUGUGCUCACUAUAUAGGUUACAGUGCAGAAGCAUCAACAGACUCACAUCUCUUGCUCUACGCAGGCAAAACCGUUUGUUAACCUUGGGUCUUGUUAAAUUGUCCACUUAACUAUACAGAAGGCAGCACCUUGAAACAAGCAGGCACAGUUGCUGGAGUCUGUUAGCAUACACAAGUAUGAAUUUUAACGGUUCUACAAUUUGAAGAAUUAUUAUGGAGUAACGGAGAACAAGAUUUGUCAGCUGCUGUUCUCAGAUACUGAAGAUCUGAGUCUUCUGAUCUGUGUAAGGGUGCGGUGGGCCUCCCAUUAAACCACGAUCAGCCAGAACCUCAGGCCUAAAAAUUCCCCAACCUGAACUUUCCCAUCUAACUGGGCAGAAUUUGGCUUUCUGCCUUACCUCAAUAUGUUGUUUGGGGCAGUGCAAAAGAUGGGCACUGCCAUCGAGUUGCACCAGGGGGCGCUGUGGGCACACGAGUUUGCAGAGUCACUUGCAUGUCGCUUGUAGUCGUUGCAGUUAUACAUCCCCUCUCGGGCCUCGUUCGCCCCUAAAGAGCGGAGAGACUUUAGCGGAAAAGACAAGAUCUGUCUCUGAUCUCUUAAUUUAUCUUGGCAGCGAGACAGGGAGGAGCCUGAUGAGAGAGGAGCAUUCCUAUGGGUCAGAUAGCAGGGAAAAAACCAACAAACGGACCUAUGUGUCUCUGGUGCUCUGUUGAGUUGGCGAGGAUAAAUUAGGGGCUGAUCGCAUCUCGUCUCCCUGUCUCAUUUAAUUACUCUCUAGCAGACUAAUCGCUUCCUCUCCCUGUGCAUGGUCGCUGAGUCUCUCUCUCUGCUGAGACUGCUUCCUCCUAUUCCUCUCCCUUCCCUCUUCUGCUCUGUGAGUUACCUCGCCUCAGGGAGUGGAGCUUUUAUUCCCUUUGGAGUUGUGUGUGUUGGGGUGUGCGUGGAAAUCUGGCUUGGAAGCACAGCUGCCAAAAUAGGCUUGGGAGAAGCAGCUUGCUCUUUCCCCUGCAGCAGCCUGCUUCACAUGUGUCUAACGUUAACUUUAGUUAAAGCUGAGACGUUCGGCAGAGCAUCACUUAAACCUUUGUUUAUUGCACACACACACACACACACACACACACACACACUUAAGGCAGUUUUAACAGUGGAAAAAGAGGAGGUGAUGUUGGGGGUGUAUAUGUGCCAGUGCAAUUAUUCAUCCUUGGAUGGUUCUGCUGUUAAUGCCUGGUGGCAGCCUUCAGUAACCUGACUUCCUGCUUGGCUAACUACCCUGAUUCUUAAAGUCGCCGAUAACCACGAAUGCUGUGAUCCGAUUGUUCUCCUGCCUAAACACGAGGUUCUCGGUUGCCCUCAUUAUCUGUGUUUAAUGUGACUUUUCAGUCUAAUCUGCUGCUGAUCAGAGAACCUGUUUACUUCUGUCGGCAGCAUUUGAGAGAAAGGGUGGGAGCUGUGGGGACUGCCUGCAUUCAACUCUAAAGGGGUAGGGGGAAGAUUUAUAUGAUCUGAAGAGAAUGCAGAGUAUGCCUGCAUACAACUCUAGAGUCAUCGCUGUGAGAUGACAGUCUGUGGCCCAUUUAGAAAGGCGGACAGCGCAGACGACGGGAAUGGAUGCAAAAUGGAGUUUCAAAAGAUCUGAGCGACGUCAGAAUGUUCCAGUGGGUGAGGGGAGGAGAACACAGACACACACACAACAGAGGUCCCUGCAGAUCUGCGGAAUUCCCAUGGCAACGCAGCAGAAGUAAACUUGCACAGAAUCUUAGAGUCGUUCAUACGGGGAGAUUUUUCUUUGGCAGAUCCGACUUAGAUAGAAAUGAAACACAGUGGCACAAGAGCCCAUCUAGUCCAGCCUCCUGUUCUCACAGUGGCCACCCAGAUUGUCUUGUCUGAGCAUUCCUCCCCCUCCUGUGGUUCCCAGAACCUGGUAUUCAGAAGUAUUGCUGCCUCUGACCAUGGAGGCAGAACCUACUCAUAGUGGUUAGUAGCGAUCAAUAGCCUUGCCCCUCUGUGAAUUUGCCCAGUCCUCUUUGAACACCAUCUAAGGUUGGCGGCUGUUGUUUCCUCCUGCAGGAGUGAGUUCCGUCGUUCAAUUCUGCUGCGUGAAGAAUGCCUUUUUCCUUCCUUUGCUGGAUCUUCCGACAAAGGAUAGCACAGGAAGAUUCUGAAUUUCACAUUGCUUGUUCCUAUUUCUUUCUAGAGACUUGCUGUGCCCCGACACCCUCCUGAGCUGCCUGUAUCCUGGAGAUCACGGAAAGAGGACUCCAAACCCUGCCAACCAGUUCCAGUUUGAUAAAGUCGGGUAAGCUGGUAAUGGUCAGAGGUGCUUGCCUUGUAGGCCUCUCCUUCAUGGCUUCUCACAUGCUCCCUCCCUCCCUGUGUCUUCCAGGAUCAUGUCCCUGAACGACUACGUUGCAGAACUGGGACACCCUUACAUGUGGGUGCAGAAGUUGGGGGGCCUGCAUUUCCCCAAGGAUCAGCCCCAGGUAGGUGCAGUGCUGCCUUUGAACAAAGACGCAGCCCUAAUCUCUAUAGGCAGCCUUUGCCGGCACUGCUGGACCCGGCUCUCCAAAUUGCAAACGGAGCGAGCGUUUGCUUGCGGGCAGGUGAAUGAAGAUGCACUGAGGGGUUUACGGGGGACAUGGCUACUAGCUGCAGUGGCUGCACUCUGCCUCCAAACACCAGUUGCUGGAAACAGCAAGGAGGGAAGAGCGCUCUUUUGCUAAGAUCCUGCUUACAGGCUUCCUAUUGGGGCAUCUGGUUGGCCACGGUGAGAGCAGGAUGCAUGGGCGUAGCCAGGAUUUAUUUUAGGUGGGUCAGGUUUUAUGUUGGGGGGCAAAACUGAGUUAUCUGAGAUGCAAUUGGUCAGUUAAGUAUUUUUAUUUACUUACUUGUUUUAGGGGGAGCAGCUGCACCCCCACCGGCUAUGUCCAUGGCAGGGUGCCUGACUAGAUGGGCCAUUGGUCUGAUCCAGCAUGGCUCUUCUUACGGAAGUGUGUGAGUGUGUGUUGUGUGGGUAUAGAUAGUCGGGGUAUGUGUGUGUGUGAAAGUUUGUGCAUGUUUAGGUGGUUCCAAACCAUGAGAGCAGAGUCCCAGGGCAGUGGAAGGAGGACUCAGCAAGUAUCCUUAGGAUAGCUCAGCUGAUUAGAGCAUGGUGCUGAUGACACCAAGGUUGCAGGUUCAAUCCCCAUAUGGGACAGGGAUUGGGCUAGAUGAUCGCUUCUAUGACUUUAUCCAUCAUUCUCUCGUCUGUCAGCAUAAGGAUGAGUUUUAAUGUUGUGCACAGAGGAAUCUGGAUGAUGUCGGGGCCUUGGCUUUUUCAUCUCGGAUGAGGCUGUGCAAGGAAACAGGUUGCAGCUGCGAGAGAAUCCAAUCUGGUCAAGCCUGCCCAGUUUCCUGGCUCUUCAGUGGUGCGAAGGUAACACCACUUUUGCCUUUACCCCAUUUGCAGAAUCCUGUGAUUGCCGAUAACUCGCUGAGCGCUAGCCACAUGGAGAGGACGAUGAAAUUGCUCAAGAUGAGGCUGGAGUCCCGCCUUGCUCUACACAAGCAGUUUGCUUCGCUUGGUAAAUCCCAGCUGCCCUCUUGCUUCCCCCAGUAGUGACACUCUGGAUUCCAACAACCGUGCACACACUGAGCAUCAGAUGCCCCCCACCCUCAGGCCUGGGACACAUUUCAGCCCCAAACUUACAAAGUGAGGCAGAACAUUCCAUCAUACUACAAACAAAUAAUCCCUGCACAAGAAAACCUAGCAUGUCAGGAAGAUGUAGGUAGAGUCCCAUUUCCUCUGACACUGCUAGUUUUCUGAGUGCAGGGAUUUUUAUUUUGUAUGGAGAAUGACAUCAUGGGAGCCCCCACCUGUAAUCUGAAGUGGCAGCCUCCCACAUGCAAAUCUGCCACCUCCAGGCUUAACUACAUCUAACUUAAAAAGCAUUUUUGCUUGCUUAGAAGCAGCUAAAUUGCUUCAUUUAGGAACAAGCAGCUGUGGGAGCCCCAUGGCAAUGGCAUGGACAGUGGGGGAAUUUUAAGUAAUUAUUCUCCAUAUGCCUGUUUCCUUGACAAAAAUCACCCCCUGGAAGCUGCUGUAGUAGCUCCUUUGCGGGGAAACAUUAACAAAAGCUUUGAGAGGCAAUUUUUGGCAGGGAGAUGGUGUGGAGGGGGUUCAUCCAGAUUGCACCCCUUCCACACAUUCUCCCCACUGACUUUCUCCAAAACUGUAAAGUUUUGAAGCUAGAAUAGAAGGGGAAUGGAAACACGGUCAGCUUCAUAGACGGUUUAAAUAUCCCACUGAUCUUGACUUGAACAUAUAAAUUAAUAUACACAGUCCAUGUGUCCAAAUAGGUGUCCCAGGUGUGAUUGACAAUUAUGAGCUAUCCAUCGAAACGUUGUCAGGACAAUGGAAUCUUCAGAGCACUGAGUAGUAUGGGGCGAACACUGAAACUCUCUAAAGAAAAAGGUCUAAAAGUGGGUGGCUAGCCCAAGUCCAGAUCGGGCUCACCAAGCUAUGGGAAUUGACCGGCCAGUUCCCACAGCCCUAUCUCCUUUGUGGGAUCAGACCACGAUCUCCCUAACCCAGCAUUCUUGGCAAGAGUCCUAGCAACCAACAGAUAUUCAGCGGCUCACUGGGAAUUGGCCGAAGGAUCCUUGGGUCCGCUGCAGUACAUCUGCUUGUCACUGAUUGGGACAAUCUCGGUCAAACACUGCCUUUGCAACUUCCAAGCGCCUCUCUGUUUUUUCCACUUCCAUCUCCAAUGGAGCAAGCUUUGUGCUAAUUUAUCACUCAUCAGCAUGUUGGUCCUAUCACCAGCUGUUACCUGUCAGAACUCUUUUGAGCCUUCAGAGGUUUAGAACCUUUUUUGCUUAACCAUAUAUGACAGGAACCUAAAGCCACAAUUGUUCAGCGGCCAGAUUUGCCCUUUGAGCUGCCACUUCUGAACAUAACACGUUGACCCUGCUAGGGAAAGGGGACUCUCUUCGAUCAUAUUUAUGUUGCUCUUUCUUUUUCCCCGUCUUGGGCUUCAGAGCAUGGCAUUCUGCCGGUCUCCAGCGAGUGCCAGCAUCUCUUUCCGGCAAAGAUUGUGUCGCGGUUGGUGAAGUGGACAGCGCUCACGUACGAGGAUUACCUGGUAAGUGGAGUCUUGUGAGAAAGAACUGGCCUGCUAAACCAGCCUCCCCCAAUCUGGUGCCCGCCAGCUGUUCUGGACUGUCUGGGACUUGAUGGGGAGCUGAGGCCAAAAACAGCUGGCUGAGGUGUAGUCCAAAACCACUGGGCGGGGAAAGGCUGCCCUGAAAUACUUGAUUUGAGCUGGGAGGGAGGGGAUCAAAAAAGCCCAUUUAAUGUUGUUUGAAUGCUACGUCUGAGAAUGCUUCCUGCUUUGCUUGAAAAUCAUAUAUGUGUGCAUGCUGCUUAAGAAUAGCCAUGUGGAGGGAGAGGCAAUUACAGCUUUGCUCAGUUUGGUUGGUAUUGUAUCUAUUACAGUGGUACCUCGGGUUACAGACGCUUCAGGUUACAGAUGCUUCAGGUUACAGACUCCGCUAACCCAGAAAUAGUACCUCGGGUUAAGAACUUUGCUUCAGGAUGAGAACAGAAAUCGUGCUCUGGCGGCAUGGCAGCAGCAGGAGGCCCCAUUAGCUAAAGUGGUGCUUCAGGUUAAGAACAGUUUCAGGUUAAGAACAGUUUCAGGUUAAGAACAGACCUCUGGAAUGAAUUAAGUACGUAACCAGAGGUACCACUGUAUUGUUAUCAUUAUGUCAGGGGCUGGACUGAGAGUAAUGGUGGAGACCGCCCCCUGCUCCUGCAAUUCCCAGAGAAGAGGGAGACAGUAUAGGUUUACAACAGUGGUUUGCAGAAGGUCACAGUUCAGAGGUUGUAGAGGGGAGAAGCUGGGAAUAUUGGAAGAGUAGCAGGAAGAAGAAGCAGCACCAGGGGAGAGACAGCUGACAGACUCAGUGUCGUUAGAAAGCAUUCCAGACCACCACCCCUCUCCCCGAACCCGGCAGGCAUUGAGAGUAGGAGAACAGAAAGCUCAGAGGCAGAAAGCACAGAUCAGCCAGUGUAGGGAUGGCGUAUAAUAGCAGAGACGGAUGGGGUGGGACUUUACUCGGAGCAACGCCAUUAUCCGAGAAACGGCAUUUGUACGUCUCUCUCUGAAUAUUGAAUAAAAUACCUUGGUAAGAGCUUCUUGUCUUUCCAUUACUAGCAGCCUGCCAUAAGGGAGGGGGAUCAGAUUCCCUGAAGCCUGACAGAUUAUUACUAUUUUAAUGAAGCAAAAAGUUUUUGGAAGUGGAAUGCUUAUUCUUGUUUUUCCAUCUCACACCGCUGGCCUCAGCUGCCUGUUUUCUGCACUGCAUGUCGAUCUGAGCCAUCUGAUCUGUGCUUAUGUUGUAAAGAGACUCCAUUGUGUGUGGAUACGCAGCGUCCCUAUCUCUGUAGACCCAGCUCACCGCCCGCUUCUCCCUCUUCCCACUGCAGGAGCUGUCCUACACAAAAGAUGUCGUCGAGGCCGGUUUGGCUGAGGACACGCACCUGUACUACAUGGCCCUGAUAGAAAGAGGAACAGGUGGGUGAUUCUCUUUCUCCUGUGUUUCCCCACCGCAAGCAGGCUUGAGAAGAAGGCAUGGUUGUCAUGCAGAGGUGGGGACCACAAGAGUCACAAGAGCCCUACUGGGUCAGGGUAGCAGUCUACCUAGUUCACCAUCAUCCUGUUCUCAAUAGCAGCCAACCAGAUUGCCUGCGGGAAACCCACAAGCAGGAUUUGAGCACGAGACCCCUAUCCCCUCCUGUGGUUUCUUGUAGCUGGUAUUCAGAAACGUAAUUGCCUCCAGCCGCAGGGGCAGAGCAUAUCCACAAUGGCUGUGCUCUGUCUCCAUGGUUGGAGGCAGUAAGACUUCAGAUUAACAGUUGGUGGAAGCCACUGUUUUCAUUCUGGGGGCCGCAUUCCCUUGUGUGCAGUUUUCCAGGGGCCGCUUGGUGAUCGAGGCCAAGAGAACGACGAGUAAAGCUGUGGGUUACCUUUGUUCAGUGGCCAGGUUCAUUGUGCAUGCCUUCAUUUUUUUUUGUGUUUACUCAUAAACCAAGAGGGGCUAGAAAUUUUGACCAUUCCAUGAUGACAUUCCCUUCCCUUCCCUUCUGUGAUUAGCCAAGCUGCAGGCAGCGGUGGUGCUGAACCCAGGCUACUCCUCCAUGCCUCCCAUCUUCAGCCUGUGCCUGAACUGGAAAGGGGAGAAGACCAACAGCAACGACGACAACAUCCGGGUACGGUGCUGGGCCCAAACCCAGGGAAGAGGACUCUCAGCCAGGGAGCCUAUGGCCCACCAACUCCCAUCAGCCCCAGCUUGCGUGGUCAAUGAUCAGGGAUGAUAGGAGUUCCAUCUGGGGAGUCACAGGUUCCCCAUCCCUGAUACAGGACAUGGCUGGGCAGUCUCUGAGGGACUCACAUUGUCCCCUUUUCACCUUCUUCUCUCUUCCUUCUCUGGUUCUCUGCAGGCCAUGGAGAGCGAGGUCUCUGUUUACUACAAAGAACUGUAUGGUCCCAAGCCAGGCUACCAGCUCCUGACCAAUCAGCUGCAGCGCUUGUGUGUCGUCCUGGAUGUCUACCUUGAGACAGAGACCCACGACAACAGUGUGGAGGGGCCCAAGGAGUUUCCGCAGGAGAAAAUGUGUCUGCGCCUCGUCAGGUAAGGAGCAGGGCUUGUGUGUGUCUCAUUGUCCAACUUUGGGGAAUCUGCUUCCUCCGCCAUGCCCAUGGCAGUAAAUAAAAAAUCAAAUGAAAGGAACGUCUUACCAGUUAGAUUCUUUAAUACAGUGGGGGGAAAAGGACACGUCUCCUAGAAAUGACAGUGCUCCCAAUUAAGGCUCACCCCCCCCUUCUGUCCCUGUUAAUCUAUGUGACUCCUAUGUCUUGUAAUCUGAGCUUGUACCCUCUGUGCUUUGUGUUCUAACACUUUCUAAGCUUUCCAUGUCUUUGGAGAAGGGGGGUGCAUGCUGUCUAGAGACUGUGAAUUUGUUAACUCUCUCCCAGUGUUACUUCUCCUAGCUGUUCCUCAUCCAGUAUUUCCAAGCUUCUGCCUUCUGAACUAUGCCCCUCUGCAAACCACUGUUUCAAAUCCGUAUUGUCCUCCUGCUCCUGGGGAGAUUCAGGAUCAGGGGAAGGGGGUGACUCCCACCAUUCUUCCUCAGUGCAGCCCUCCUCGUCACAGUCCCUGACACUCGUACUGUGGCACAUCUAAAGCAGAGUAGCCAGACUGGGGGAGGGGGGGGCAUUGUGCACUUUCAGAAGAUGCCCAGGUUUUGGCCAGGCUCCAGGUGAAAGAACCUUCAUAGGUGCGAGUGAGCAACUUAAUGCCUGAAACACUGGAGAGCUGCUGCCAGUCAGUGUAGAUACUAUUGAGGUAGAUUGGCAGCUUCCAUACAAGAUGGCUUCAUUGUGCACCUUGUACAGAAAGCUGUGGUUUUCUUUUAAGUGGCUGUGACCUACAUGGGGCUUCGUUUUUCUCUCUAGUCCCUCCCCACCAAUCAAAAAUUUUGGCACACCUUGUUCCUGCUGUCUCUUCCUUCCCUCGCCGCCCUUUAUCUUUUCCCGCCUUGUACAGCUAUGAGCCUUCCUUGGCACUUCUACUCAUGCUUCUAGAGGGCUCAUCUUGCCUCUUCCUAUUCCAGCGGGGAGGAAGAAUGAGCUCUAUCUCUAGCAGGAAGCUGUUCAUUCCCCUGGAUUUUGGCGCUUUCAUCUCGUCUCCAGUGUCUUCUGGGAGCUGUCUCCCGUUUUUCAUCUCCUGCCUUGGCGCUUUCUGAUUUUUGCACCCACAACAUUUGGUGGCAUUGCGACUGGGGCUCUGCCUGCCUCCUCUCAAGCUCCUCUGUGCUUUAACAAAGGCAGUCAAAAGGAGCAAGGAAGGGCAUGCUGUGAGAAAGCAAGAGGCUGCAGUAUUUUUGUUUCUUUUCACAAAGGCAGAAGUGUGCGUAGAUCUGCUCAAAUAAAAAGGAGAUUGUGGAGGUCAUGUAUCUGUGGGCAGCCGGUGUGAUCAAUGAAUGUUGUGGAGUUUCCUGGUUCUGUACUGGUUGUUUGAAAGGAGACUUUCAUGAGGGCUCAGGCAAUCCCUAAGGUACCCUGGACCUAAGUUGUUCAGGUAAAAUUCUUGAUUAUCUUCCUCUGUUACAGCCAGCAGAUCUCUACAAAGGUCCUAGCGUGACUUUCUAAAAGGCCCUUUCAUCACGAUCCUGAUAUAGGAUCCACAGAUUUUUUGAAAGCAUUUGAUGAGAAGAGCUGUCCUGCAAUAGCUGUUGAUAUUCAGGAAUCUUUCUUCUUUCUUAGGGGCCCCAGUCGGAUGAAGCCCUUCAAGUUCAACCAUCCUCAGGGUUUCUUCAGCCAUCGCUGACUUCUCUGCAGCUGGGAUCCUCCCUCCAGGCAGCUCGAUGCAAGGAGAAAGAGAGAGGAGAAUUGUUGCCCUCUGGGAUUCUUGGUUGGCACAGUUCCAGCUUCAUCCUGCCGACGACUUUCACCAGAGAUUUCUGUCCACCUCUGGUUUUAUCCAUUCCAUUCUAUCUGUAGCGGGGAUUGUUUUAAAAUAUUAAAUUGAGUGUGUGCUUUUACAAGUUC